AUGAAAGAAGAACCAACAAGAGAUGGUAGCAUCAGAUGGAUGUCGUGGGUAUUAGCUGGGAGUAAGAAUGUUCAACGAACUGAUGAUGCUGUAGUAGGGGUAAGAUUAUAUUGUUUAAAAAAAAAUAGUUAUAUCACCUACUUUAAUAUAUUUAAAAUUAUAAUGAUAGACUAAAAAAUAUACUGGCUGACCUAGUAGAUUUAACCACCCUUUAAAAAAUAAAUCAAAUCAAAGUUACUCAAUUUAAUGAGAAUAUUGAAUUUAACACUUCAUCAAGUACCGCAUGAUUAAUUAAAAUAAUGUUAUAAAUACUCACAUGUGCUGUCUCCAUUUAUAAGAUAUUAUAGAUGGAGACAGCACAUGUGAUUUAUAAAUUAGCAAAAUUUGUGUUUAAUAGGACAAACUUUGUUUUGCUAGUUUUAAUAUUACAGUGGACUGACCAAGAUAUAAGAUUUUAAAUAAUGGGACUAACCUGUGACCACUGAACUAUUGCCACACUUAAAGAUAAGAAUAUUAACUGUGUUCACACAUCAUUGGUUUUCAAUAUUUUAAGUUUUAGUCAAGUUGUAGGCUAUUUUAAAUUGUGAUAUUAUACUUACUUAUAUCAAUACAAGGUAUCUGGUUUGAAAAUAUGUGAUGCUUUUUCUCUUUUAUGUAGACGAAAUUGGCAUAUUAACAUUAAAAAACUGAAUUGCAAUUUGUGUUUUGUAAUAUAUUGAAUAUUUGAAUAUACGAAUAUAAAACAUGGAAUAUAACACCAACUUGCAAAAAAAAAAAACCAUAACACGAAAUAAUUAUCAAUUUUAAAUAAUAAAUACGAUAUAUACUAUUUAAUAUGAAAAGAAAUUUUUCUAUUCCAGAAGAUAGAAGAAACACAAAAUUGAUUAAAUAGUUGGAUCGUAAUCCGCUAAAGACGCCACACUUGAACUGGAACAGUGCCGGUUAGGUAGGAUAAACACCGAAGGUUUUUAAGACACCUCACGCGUAUUAUUUAUGCCAAUUUCUUUUGCUUAGUUUUUCUCCGUUCAUUCUUUUUUAUUAUAUUUAACUUAUGAUGUAAAAAAUGGUUAGGUUCAUUUAAAACGAUUCGGUUCGUUUGUGUACCCAUAGAUAUAUAAAAUACCUAGAAAGCAAAAUUUGCAUACUGGCAACAGACUUGACAACAGUUUAGAGGUGGGGCAUAAACGAAUGCUAAAUAGAAUAUAAUUGACAUCGAUAUAAGUACUAUCGAUUUGAUUUUUAUUAUCUCACAAUGGGCACAAUGUAAUAAUAAAAAUAACAACCGUUAAAUAUCAAUAAUUCAAUAUCGUUUUUGCCUAACCUGUAAAUGGCGUCUGACUUUAAUAAUAGAUAUGAGUUCGCCAUCUACGUGUGGCGGGUUUCGCGCCACAUUUCUUCUUCCCACGGCGGACAUCGGCCACGCCCCUCGCUGUCGGCGUUCAGCGGUCAUCGUCCAAAGCUCCGCUCGUCUUGACGUCACCACCGCUCCUCUCUCUCUCUGCACCGACACCGUACGCGAAGCGUUGUUCCCGACUCCGAAUAAUUAUUAUGUAUGAUUGUUUUUCUUAACUAAUGUUGUUUUCAUUGUUGCGUGCUCUCCUUUCCUCCGUCAAAAGCCGUCUGCUGGCGAUCACUUGUAUUAUGUCUUAAUGUUGUAAAUAAACGUUUCUUUAUUACCUUGUCAUAAACCUCGUGUCUUGGUGUAACCGGCCAAAUACGUAUUUUAUGUAUCUAUGUUUGGACCGGAUCACCAGUGUUGCCGAUAUAAAAACUUAAAAUCACUUCACGAUGGUUAAAUUGUGUCGAGUGUAAAAAGGUAACAUGCAAACCGCGCCCGAAUAAAAUAAAAAUUAACAAAAUUACAAAAUAGUCUCUAAUUUAUUUAUUCGUGUAACCUUUAUAAAUAUGACAGAUUAAAAUUAAUAGAUAUGAGUAGAUAAUAUAAAUAAAAAAGUAUUAUGUAAAUAUAAAAUAAAACAAUUACAUGUAAACAAUAGUUGAUAAGUUUGGAGUUGUGUGUCAAAUUCUUGGUGUAUGAACAAAUAGGAUCCUGGUCAUUUAGAUCCCAACUAUAUCUUUGGUAACAGUGUGCAUCUACUUGUCCUUGUCUCGGGAUUAAAUUAUCUUAUCUUGAUCUAGUCCAGAUAUCCGAAUGUUAUCAGUAUAUAUAAUUAUCAUAAAAGCUGGUAUGUCGUAGGUACAAAGAUUAAUAUUUUGUUUGAACUUUAAAAUAAUAUACUACUUCACUAUAAUUUUAGCAAUAUGAACCUCGCACUUCCCAAAACCCCGAACUCAAUUUCAUUUAAGUGCCACAAUGUAUUAAAUUGUCAUGAAGUUAGAAGAAUAUGAUUAUAUGGUUAAGGGUAAAUAUAAUUUUCGAAAAUCUUUUAUCUCGGUAUUAAUAAUUAGGUCAUUGUAUGAAUAAGUUUUUAAAUCUUCUGAAAUAAUAUUUUAUUAACACCAAACCAAUUUCAUUAAUUUAACAUUAGGUAGAUUUAAUUGAAUACCAUAAGGUAUUUGUUAUACUUAUAUUUUUGAAACUAUGGUAUGGCGUUUCUUUGUAAAUUCAAAAUUACCUAAUUUGUUUGGGGGAUGAGCCAUUGGUAAAGUAGUAAAUUAUUAAUCAUUAUGUUCAUUUUUAACAUAGCACUACCAAUUAUGACAAUCAAUAAUAAAUGGAACUAUGUAUCUCCAUAUGGCCGAGAUCUAAAAAUGUCGUGGAUCUAAAUGACUCGGGACCAUAUUGUUUCGAGAUCAGAAUAUCUCUGACCUGGUGUAAAUUCUUAUCAGAUUAUUUACCGGGUAUCAAUGACGCUCGAUCUAUUUGUAACCAAAUUCUUCCAUACCAGAAAUUGCCAACUUCUAUUCCAUCCUAGGUUGCUGACACAAUGUCGUCUAUUGCAGUGGUGCAGCCAGGAUUUAAGAAUUAGGAGGGCCAAUAAAAAAUAAAUAAUAUUAAAAUAUAAAUCUAAAAAUAUACUGAAAUAAAUACAAUUUUUAAUAAGUGGGUCAUGGUAUGAACUUAUCCAUAAUUACAAUUUAUGUAUUCAUCAAAAAUGAGGCCCCAUUUUACCUGAUUUUCUUUGGGUCGACCUACUCUUACUCUUAGUCUAUCUAUUGUUUCCUACACGGGCCACUAUAUUAUUUCCUGCUGGUAGAUGUUCGGCUAGUUUCACCCACUUCCUGGUGUUCUUGUCUAGAGAAAGUUUUCAUCUGUCGAUCCUUUCUCGAUCUUGGGUUUUUUCCAAUAUUUGUGUGCAUUUUAAGAAGCUCUUCCUUGAAUUCAGGCGUAUAAUAGGUGGAUUCCAAACAUUGGAUGUAGCUUGUCGUUUUUUUGUUACAUUUUUUCCCAGUCAGCCUUAACUUCCUGGCGUAUAUCAAGGGAGCCAAUGACUGCUAGAGCCUAGAGAAAAGAUCUUUCCGAGUGGUAUAUUCUUUAAGCAACCUAUUAUGAGGCUACAUGUCUCGUUUAAUGUGUAUUGUCCUAUAAUUUUUUCUGUCUGUAAUCAACUUUUAAAAAAAAGUCUUACUCCGAUGUAUAGAGUGUAGUAUCUUUUCUGAAAUUUUCUCUAGUUGGUGCGUUAAAAAAAUAAUUUUUGAUUUUUCUAGAGGUUUUUGAAAUAAUUAGGAAAAACCCGAAAGAAAAUUAUAGGUAAAAUAUCAAAUACUUAGGGCGUGACGUGCUGUGGCGUUACUGUUUUUAUUGUUUUUAACUUUUGUUAACUAUUAAUAUUAUUACUAUUUUUUUUAUUAAAAUAAUGCCUGAUAUCGCAAUGUCCUACCUUGAUUUCAUUUAGGUAAUGAAAUAAUUAUUAUGUGAAUUGAAUUAAUUAUUUUUUAAUUUAAUACGUACAUACUAAGAGUUUUCCCCUUUUGUAAUUUAUGUUUUCAUUUUUGUUGUUAGUUUGUUACAUUAUUAUUUCAAGUUGAGCUUUUGUAUUAUAUUACUGAAUUGUAUUCAAAUGAAAAAUAUAAGUAGGUAGGUACUUUGGUUUAUUAUAAAUUCGUAUAUAUUAUUAGUAAUAUUUUAUAUUGUAUUUAUGUAAAACUGUAACAAUAAUAAUAUUUUGCAUAUAUAUUAAAAGUAGGUACCUUGACACGUGUAGCAAUAUCAAUCUAUGUAUUUUAUUUAUUUAAAUUCUAAAAGAGUAAUAAAUACAAUAUUAUUAUGCACGAGGAAAUCAACCAAAUUUUCUUUGAUUUCUGAUUUUGAAACAAUGCAGCAGUGUACCUACUUACCAUUUCACGAGUUUAUUAUUUUUAUAAUAUAUUUCAAAAAUCGGUAUACCUAUAUGUUUAUAGGUAUCUCAUCGUUACCUUACUUAGUAAAUAUGUGCUGCAUAUUUGAAGUAUGAAUAGAUUUAUUUUUCAAUACUAUAAUGUAAAUAGGUAUCGACAUGAAACAAAAUUUCUCACGAAACACAAUCACAACUACUGUUGUGUUGAAUUGAAUGAAGAAUUAUUUUUCCUAGGUUUAUUUCUUUAGAUGCUUGUUAAAUUAAAUAUAUCUAUAGUACUUACAGUGUCGUACGUAUUAUUUUUCAAUAGGAGGAGGCUUUAAAAUAUAUAAUUAUUCAGUUGUCACAAAUUGGGUUUGAAAAAUAAACUAGGUGCUUUUUAAAUUCUUACUGAUAUUAGGUAAACAUAAAAUAUAGGUAGGUACACAAAAAUAUAAAAAUAAAAAAAAAUAACCUAAUCAGAAAAAUAAUGGACAAUACAAUUUUACUUUUAUUUUUCUAUUUUGACAAUAACAGACGUUUAGAUGAGAUGUUUUAAAACAUUUUAAACUAGGUACUUCAAUCUGUAUUAUUUAUGUAAGCUGUAACUAAUUCGUUAAGAGUUUAAGAUGGUCUUCCACCAUGGUUGAUCUUAAGUAUGAUUUCAAACAUUGAAAAUGUUCUCUCUGAUGUAGCUGAAGUAAUUGGGAAGGUCGAAUGUGGCAAACAGUCUUAAAAGUAUCUGAAUAUUUGUACAAUUUGUACAAUGAUGUAGUAUAUUGAUGGUUGAUUGUUGUAGGUAUCUAGUUUAUAAUCCUUGAAAUUCCACUGUCAUUCUUACAUAUUGAAGUUAAUUUUGAUGAAAUGAUAAUAUGGAAAUUGAGGGAGGCUUCAGUCCGUUAGCUUCUCCACGUCCUGUGUGUACCAAUGAGUGCUUAUACCUCUUAUUAACUACCUAUAUUAAAUAUACCUACCUAUUAUACCCAAUAUUAUUAUGAUACUUUAUAAUGAUCCAAUUAUUAUAAAAAGUGAUGGGAAAAUCAAAAUUUAACUUACUUAUUCAGCAACUAGAUUCACAAUGCAACAAAAAAGUUCUUUAGGUAUUUUUUGAUAGUAAUUAUGGUGUUAAGUAGUUCAAAGUGGCAAGGUUUAGUGGAUGAAACAUUUACCCUACUGGUUUAUUGUGUGUCAUAUUAUUAACAUAUUUAUGUAUUUUUCAUUUAUACUAUGUUCCAUUAUUCAGUAAUAUUUAAAUAGGUAGGUAUAUAGGUAGGUACCUACCUAUACUUCUAAUACUACCAUAUUACUACUUAGUGAUCAAACUAAGACAGUGGUAACCCAUUAAUGAAUGUUCAAUUUAUUCUACUAUGGUAGGUACCUACUUUUAUCAUUGAAUACAAAUACUAGUACCUACCUAUAUAGUAUGUAUACUUACAUUGAUGUUUAUAUGUAUUUUAUAAAGUAGGUAAAUUAUUUACUUUUGUAAGUGUGGUAGUUUGCAGUAUUUAUAGUAAAAACCUGUCUUAUAGGUACCCUUCAGUGCCUGAGUUUGAUACAAAGCAAUAUGUUCUUAUUGAUUUACAAUUUAAUUCACCCAGUAUGUUAAAAUAAGAAUAUGUACCUAGUAUGUAAAGUAUAUUAAAAAGAUGUUUGGAAUAGAUAUUAUUAUCAUAAUACUGUUUCAGUAAGUUUUAUAUAACAUAGUCCCCUUGUCUAUUGAAAGCUUAAGUUAUAUUUUAUAAUGCAAUGGCCUAGUAAUGCCAGUAGUAAUUCUCAUUUUAAUAAGUGGUUUAUAAUGAUUUCCCAACGGUAAUUCUUAUUAUUACAGACAUGCAACAAAAUUAUUGACAAAAAUGGGGAUGGUUAAUUUAUUACUAUUAUUAAAAAUAGGUAUGUAGUUAUAAAAGUAGUUAGGUAUGUUAAGUAAUCUGUCUACAGUAGAGUGAAAACUUCCUAACACAAAACUCUAUGUAACCAAGGAAUAUUUCUGUUCAUCAUCUUUUCGUUUUAUAGUAGUUUUAUACGUGUAAAAUUAAAUUUUGGGACAGUUUAAAUUACCAUUUAAUAUAAAGUACAUAAGUUUAUAUGUAGAAUGGUUUUUAAAAUUUUUAAUGUAAUUAGUCAUUAUUUUUAAACAGCAAUUUUUAUUUCCCGAUGCAGGUAAUAUAGCUAGGUACCUAGCCUAACCUACUCACUUAAGAUUUAUACAUUUAUCAUUUAAAUUACAAAUUAUCUAUCUUAUGCAUCUUAUAUAGAUAAUUAUUUUGACCUAAAUUACAUAAUUGUUUAAUGUUUAGUUACUCUUUUUUCAUUUUGUGCUUAAAUAUUUUAAACUAGAUAUUAUAAUAUUAAAAUGACAACUCUUAAGAUAUUAAAUAAUCAGUGUUAAAAAUGUGAAACAAUGUUUAUGUACUGUUUAAACAUAUUAUUACAAUUAUAGGUUCACACUUGGAAAACAAUAUUCCUAUAUUUAAAAGGUCAUUCUUAUUUGAUGGUUUUAAAUAAAUAUGUUUGAUUGUGACAAGUGAGUAGUUUAUAAUAAUGUUGAUAGUAAAAUGUAAUGUUUGAUAUUAAUUUUUAACAAACAAUAAUUUUAUUGAUAAUUAGAUUAUGAUGACUUUAUAAAACAUAAUUCAUAAUUAAUCACUUAUGUAACAGAUGAUAGUUACCUAAAAUUAAAAAGAAAUUAUAUUUUACUAUUUUACAGGUUUUACAAUUUGUGGAAAUUUUUAAAACCUAAAGCCUAAAAAUUAUCAAUUGAUCUGAAAUUAUUUCCUCAAUUCUAGGUUUAAUAGAAUUUAUUAAACUAAUUCUCAUACCUAGUUGUUGAAAUUUCCAGUCGGUUUUUAGUUUUAUUUUUUUAUUGUAGUCAUUAUGGAAUAUCCAUUUUCACACAAAUAUGUAGUUGAAAAUGGAAUGAGUAUUCUCAAUGAUUAUUUGGCCAAACUAGGAUUUUAAACCUUUAUUCAAAAUUGACCUAAAUUUUUGUUACUUAUAAAAGUUAGAAUUUUAAGGCAAAAACAUUUUUUUUUUAAUAAUAAUAAUAGAAAAAUAAUUUAUAUACAAAAAUAGGUUUCAUUUAAUAUCGAAAAUGAUGGAUGUAUUAGAUUCGGAUUGUAGUGAGGGAUAUAUUGGUUUUACUGUGAUGUGUGUUAUUGUUUAUUUUUGUUUUCAAAACAACUUUUUUACCAGAAAACUUGCUCCGAACUAUAGACUGUAGUACCUCUUCUGAAAAAUAAUUUUUCUCAGUGGUAUAUUGAAGAGUCAUUUUUCGACUUUCCGAGGGGUUUUUGAAGAAAAUUGGGAAAAACCGCGGCAUUACCAUUUUCAUUGUUUUUAUGUUAACAUGGUAUUUUCUACUAAAAAUAUUGCUCCAAUCCAAAAAUAACAAGAGGUCAAUUUUGUUCCUUAUUAUAUUUCACCUCUGACAAGCUAAGUGGUUUUUGAUAUCUAAAGUAUUUUUCAUAAUAAUUGGAAAAAACCAAAAAGACGAAAUAUAUACGAUUUUGUUCAAUUUACGGCACGAUUUCAUUAUUUUAAACUAUAUGGCUUAUGUUUUUUUUAUCAUAAAUAUUGCUCCAAUAGAUAAAUAACAAGAGCCCUUUUUUGUUGCAAUUUUAAUCUGGUUUAUUCGUUUUUCGAAAUUGUAUUAUUUUUUUAAUUUUUAUUUCUCUAUAGUUUUAUUAAUAAUUAGGAAAGAAACCGGAAAAAACAUGAAAUUAAAAUUGAUAAAUUUACGGCUUUACGAUUUCAUUAUUUUACAUUCUUAUGAAUUAUGUUUUCUACCAUAUAUAUUGCUCCAAUAAAAAAUCAUCAAAAGAUCUUCUUUCUUGAAUUUGUAAUUUAAUUUAUGAAUAAGAAAAUUAUUUUUUGAUUUUCUUUGCACUUUUAUUAAUAAUUGAGCAAAACUGAUAAAAUACGGGAAAAUGUAUGUAAAAAUUCUUUUAUUAUUUUAAUUUUGUUUUUUUUUUUAUGUAAUUUAGUAUAUUUAUAAAAACUUGAAAUUUUGACAGACGUGUUAAAAUGUUGAAAAUAUUUUAUCCAUUUUUGAGUUAAUUAUAGACAUUUUAAUUUUGCAAGUUUUGUGCAUAAUUUUUAUUCGAUAGGUAAUAAAAUUUUUAGAUGUAACAGAAAUGCUUAAGAAUUUAACAGGAGGUUCCAUACAUAUUAUACUUUGUAGACAAAAAAAAUUUGAGCUUUAUGUAGUAUUUUUUUUUUUAAUAUAAAUUUUAAUAUCUUCCUUUCUAAACAUGUAUAACCGAAAUUUGCUCCGAAUCGUUUUUCGUUUUGAUUUAUAGUUGGUUACAAGUAUAAAUUAAAUAACUUUAUGUAACUCACCUUACCCAAUACCCACUUACAACAGUGGCUGCACCUAUUACCAGUAUCAACUAUUUUUUUCUUUUUUUGUAUUUUUUACUUAUAAAUUUCAUUUUGAUGGAUAUGGCUAUGACGAUUUAAUAAGUAGUAAUAUUAAAUACGCCCUAAUAACUUCAAUGGAUGUAAACCGAUCAUUUUCUAUGUAUGUACCUACAUAAAUAUUUUGAGACUAACCGUCAACGUUUUAAUGAAGACAAUUUAUUUAAGUACAUGGUAGUGAAUUUGUUUUCUAUACAAACCAGGUAAAUCAACUGAAAUCUAUGUAAUUUUUUAGUAAUUUUUUAACAAUUGCUUUUUAUAAAAAUUAAAUGUUUUGUUUUUUUUUUGUCUUUUUACACAUUUUAAAUGCUUUUUUUAUUGGUCAUAUUGCCUUUGAAUUUGAACCAUACUAAUAAGUAACAAGUAAUAACCAAAAUAAUAUUCCAUUAUAUUACAUAGACAUAAUAUAUAACAUAUAUUUUGCCCCUCCUGCUAGCAAGGUCUGCGCACGCCUAUGGGUGCGCAGACCUAAGUGACAUUUUGUAUUUGUAUUUAAUUAAAUUAUUAUAAGUAGCAUAUUAACAUCACUGUUCUUAUAUUCGAAUGAUAAAAAAUAUUUAGCCACUUGGCAGUAAAGAGAAAUAAGUGUACUAACUUCUAAUCUGUUAUAACAUUUUUGAACAUGAAGAAUAAUCUUUUACUUCUUUACCACAAAAUAAACUGAAAUAUUUUUAGUUCAGCUCUUAACUCAGAUUUUUUAAAAAUUUCACUUAUACCUCUUGUGUCCUAGGUACCUCACAUAGUAUAUAUACAGAGUGAUUUUUUUUUAUCAUAAACCACCAAUUAUAUCAGAGUAUUUUAAGUGAAUUUGAUUCUUGGUUUUUUCAAUCAUUAUGGAAUAGUUUAAGCUUUAUUUUAAGACUAUUUUUAAUUUUUACCCCUACCUACUCAUCCAUAUACCUUAAAUAAGUGCUUAAUUUUGAUUUUAAAAUAGGAACCCCUCCCCCUUUGAACACAGAUUUGAAUAGAGAAUAUUUAUUUAGAAAUUUUGAUAUGCAUAAUACUAAUAUCAGAUUUACCAUUUAUGCGUUAUAACAGUUUAAAGUUUAGACUGGAGGAGUAGGGAAGGAUUAUAAAAAUACUCUGAAGUAAUUGCUGGUUCAUGAUAAAAAAAAUCACUCCGUAUACCUAUAAAUAAUAAUAAUAAAUAAGGUAUAGUUUGGAAAAUAGUAAAUUUUCCUUUUUCAACCAGUAGAGACGUAGAGUAUUAGGUAAAAGGUUUACAUAUUUGGUUUAUUUCAUGAUAUUAUAAGUUUGCCUAAAAAUAUAAUAGGUAUUUAAUUUUGACUUUAUAUUUAUUUUAAACCGUAUUGUGUUUAUAGAAAAACCGUUUGUGGCAAUUGAUUCAAAUGAGACGAAUACACGGAAGUAAAGUUAGUGGCACAGCUAGAGUAUUAUCGUCAAGUGAAAAACUUAGUCUUACGCCACUAAUUUUUUGUCAGAGUUCUACAGUCGACGGAGAUGUAUGUUUGUUAACAGAUAGUCCUUAUAGAAUUUUAAGGGUAAGUAAUACCUAUUAUAUUCAUAAUAAUUACAAAAAAAUGUAUAGCAUUAGACAUGUAAAUAUAGCAUAUAAAUAUACUAGCUGAAUUACCUGUCGUUGCCGGGCUUAAGUAUACAAAUGUAUGUAAUCUGGUAAGAUUAAAUAUUGUUUAUUCUAUUUAAAUAAAAUUUAAUUAAGAUUGUUUAAAUAGUAUUUUAUACAUAUUAAUUAGUUAUUAAGACAAUUGUAUUACCAUUUUAUUACAAUUUUAUUUCAUAACCUAUUCUAUUAGUUAUGGCUUUUCGUUCGUAGCUUCAUUUGUGAUAAGUUUUAGCAGUGAAGGUUUAAAAUAAAUGUUUUACUAAUAGUUAUUUAAAAUAUUAUCUACAAAACCUCUUUGUAGACAAUUUCCCCUUAUAUCCUUUAGAGAUCUAUUUAUAAAGGCUCAACACCACCCUUAUGUGCCAUUGUAAUUUCGUCCCACACUAUUACUUUUGAAUAUUUUAAUACUUCUGCAAAAUUACUUUGUUUUAAUAUAUUAUAAACGGGAGUAUCCGAAGUUGUUAGAUUGAGUGGUAAUUUGAAGGUAGUAUGAGCAGAUCGACCACUUUCGAACAGUGUAGCUACGAUUCCAAAAGAAGCUACAGCUAAGGCAAUGUCACGAGUACUUCUAACUUUCGUUAAAAGCAAAUUGAUUAGGAAAGUUUUGCUGGUUCCACCUAGAGCAUCUAAAAAGAAUAUUUGAUCUUCAUAUUAUUAAAAUUUGUAAUAAUUUGAUUGUUAACUAAUUUUUGUUAGGUUAACGAACAUAAUCCAGACAACAACGUAUACAUAUAUAUUUUCAAAAUUAAAAUCGGAAUUCAGGAAAUAUCCAUAAUUUACUUACCCUUUUAGUAGUUUUAAACAUACUUUCUUAGUGGAUGUCUACGCCAUGAAACAAAAUUACUGACCAAAUAUCAUAAUCAUAACUUUAGCGGUUUCGGCUAAUCGAUGUUUCCCAUAUUUACACUUUUUAAGAUUUUUAAUCCUCUUAGGGGUUAAAUUUCACAAAAUAAAGUUUAUAGACAAUGUGUAUUUGUGUUACAGAGUAUGUAUGAUUAAUUUCAAAAAAAUCGAAACAAAAAACCGUUUUAAAUUUUUACCUCUUUUACCCUUUUUAACCCCCUUAGGGGUUUAGUUUUCAAAAAUCUUUUCUUAGCGAAUGCCUACGUCAUAAUAGCUAUUUGUAUGCCAAAUUCCAGUCCGAUCUGUCCAAUGGUUUGAGUUGUGCGUUGAUAGAUCAGUCAAUUGGCUUAUUAUUUUAUAUAUACUGAUUAUGAUAAAAAUAAACCGAUCAGUAUAGAAAGAGAUAUUAGCUAUUAAGUAAAUACCUAUUACAUACUAUUUUAUUAUAUCAUAAUAUGAAUUUUACAAUAAAUACAAUGGAUUUACUUAAACAUUAUACGAACGUUAUACAUUAAACUCAAAUAUUGUUUUUUUUUAAUAAAAUUUAGAUAACUACCAACUAAUAAUAAAACGUAAAAACAUAAUAUAAAAUUGAGGAAAAGAUUUAGAACCAGAUUGUUUUAGUGUAGCAAGUGGAAAUCUAAAAAGAGUUGUUCUCUUUAAAUUGAUAUGGCUGUAGGCAUGGCUGCUGAUAUGGCAAUUUUUAAAAACAUAAUUUUUAAAUUAAAAUGAGUAAAUCGUAAAACGUGCGUUUCUACUGAAAAUCGCAUUAAAUUAGGUAUUUAUUUUAUUUUUACAGUUAUAUAUAAUCCAUUCACUACAAGUACUCAAGUACCUAUCUAUAUAUACCUACCUAGUACCCACCUAUAUUAUAUAAUUUAUUAUAAUAAUAGUAACUGUAAAUAAUAGGUAGCUUUUUUCUCCAGUUUAAUGUUUUAAAUAUGCAAAUAUACAAUGAUUGUAGAAAGAAAAUAGUGUUACCUACCUUUUUAUUUCUAAUAAUUUCAAAAACCGCAAUAUUAUGCCACGUUUAUUUUCGCGUGAAUCUUACCGUUUAAUAAUGGUUACAUAACUAAAUUAUAUUGAUAUUCAUUAAUAUUUUUCAUUAUUUUGCUUUAAAAUAAUAAACUAAAUAUUGUAUGGUUGCUUUUAAUAAUAAUAAUAAUAAUAUUUAUUAAAUAUUUAAUGAAUCUUACAAGUGUUAAAAUAUACAGUAGUGUAUAAAGUUAUAUUUAAUAAUGUUUAACAUAAAAACUGUUUAGUUUUACCUUUUAGUUAAUAAGGUAGUUAUAAUUACUUUAAUUAUAAUAUUUUACUACUAGGAACUUAAAUCAAAAAACUAAUAACUUAUAAGGUAGUUCUGCCUACUAAUGUACUCUAUCCAGAGUGUUUUUGAUUAUAUUUCUUGAACUGUAAACAAUUAAAUAUCUAAUAGAUGAUAAUAUUGAGCCUAAAUAUAAUUUACAAACUAGUUAUAGUUUUGUCUAUGUCAUUUUUUAUUAUUAAUAUUAAUCGAUAGUUAUUGAAUUAAUGUUUUUUUACUCAUUUUUAUAUUAUUUUAAUUAAAUUGUUAUUUGAAUGAUUUUUAAAUAAACUUAUAUUGAAGAAGGGAAGUAGUAAGUAGCAGUAACCAUUGUAUCUGAUCAUUUAAGUUAAACUAAUCAAUAUUUUUCACAUAUAAUGCCAUGAUGACUUUGACACUUAAGCUUAUUAAUUUUUUUUUUCUGUUAGUUUCAAUUAUUAAAAUAAAUAAAAACAUAUUUAAAAACAAAAUAUUAUGAUAAUUAUUCUAAAUAAAGUUAUUUUUGAUUUGUACUUGUAUAUUAGACAAAAUGAAAAAUGUACAAAUUCAUUUUUGUAUGUAAAUUAUAUUCUAAACACAGGAGAAAGAAAAAUAACAUAAACGUCAUUGUUCUUAGGUCACGUAUAAUUUGUACCUAAUGUAUUUUAGAGUAAUUAUUGUGAUGGUUCUCCAGACUCCAUGGCAUUUUUAAAAUGGUAUGAAAUUGAGAAGUAAUACCUCGACUAAUACCUAUGCAAUAAAUCUUGUUUUAUUUACUAAAAUAAAAUGUAGAUUGUAAAUAGAUAUUUAUCUAUUCACAUUAAAAUAUAAUGUUGACUAAGGUUUAGUGAUUUAACAUACCUAGUUUAAAUGUGUGAUUUAGAUGUAUUUGUUUAAUAUUUGAUAAUAUAUAGGUAUAGAUAGGUUUCAAGUAAUGAGUAAAAUCAAUUUUAAAAAUAUAUUAUAAUCUUUUAUAUUUUUAUGUUAAGUAUAUUAAAUGUAAAAAUAGUUUUAUAGUUUUAAUUAUUGAAUAGUAAAACUGAAAUAUAUAUUUGGUAUUCUGCUAUUUCAUAAUUGAUUUAAUAUUACACAUUUAAUUAAAUUUUAUAUUAUAAUAUAUUUGGAAACUUGAAAAUGGGCAUCUUAUCUUAAUCAAUCAAUGAACUAUUGGGUUUACUGAGUUUAAGAAUAAGAACUGCUAGACUAGGUUCAAUGUAAGUUUUAUUAAGUUUUUUUUUGCAUUAGUUAUUAUUUAAUAAUGAAAACAAUAGAUUAUGUUUGGUUGUCAUAGUUUGAAAAAAUAACUAGGUAUAUAUUAUAUUUAUUUACACUGUAUUUUUUGUAUUUUGCUUGAUUACAUCUGUGUUUAGUGUUUGUAUGACGUACAAAUAAUUGGUAUUAUUUGUUCAGUAUAAAUAAUUCAAUUUUUCUUCGCAUUUCUUAUUAUUAAAACGCAUUAUCUUUCAUGGGGUUAAUUAUUAGUUGAAGCCCUUUAAGUUUAUACAAACAUUCUUAAUUUAUUGUAUUCCAGAUCCACUAUUGAGUUGUUUUUUUUAUUAGAAGAAUCAUUUUAACCCGUGUGUUGUGAACAAAAGAUUAUUUUAAAGACAUGUAAAAAUAUCGUGAAAAAUAAGGGUUGGAAGGGCAUUUAGAAGUGCUAUCAGAUAAAAGAUAAAAAUAAACAAAUAAAUCGAAAAUAUAAUUUACUAAUUUUUACAUAACUGUAUUUUUAUGGAAAAAACAAUUACUUAUCAAUUUGAUUGUUAUUUUAUUACAAUGUGUACCUUUAAUAGGACAUGGGUAGAUGGGUAUUUACUUAAGAAAAUGUACAUAAUUCUACAGAUCUUGUUCAAAUUAUCAACUUUAAGAGUGGUUUCUAGCAGACAAUUUUGUAAUAACAUAAACAAAUGAAAAAUAAAUAAUGUAAGGGUGUAAUGUAUGUAGGUUUCCCCUUUAUUGAUAAUACAAAGAAUAUAAAGGUUUUAGGUACAGGAUUUACGACAGGGUGAUUAUCAAAAGGAUUUUUCGAGUUGUUGAGACGCAUGAGGCAAUAAGAAAAACCCGUUAUUUUUUAUAAUCUGUGACGAUUUCGUGUUUUAGCUGAUGAAAUAUAAUCUGCUGUUAAUUAAUCUCUAAAGAUACAAAUUCUGUUAAGUAAUGAAUUUGCAUGGUCUGCAACCACGUCGGCGCGAGAGUGAUGUCGCCAAACGCGUCAACUGUUGUGUGAAUCUUUAUAUUCUCACCCGUGUCAUUAUGUUUCAACUAUUAAGAGAUAUAAUAUGGAUCUCUCUCAAAUAACAAAUGCCCCCGUUGUGUUUAUUAAAAUGGGCAUUAACUUGUUUGAAUAGAGAGUACCAAAUACUGGACCGCAUUUGAAUCAUUUAGUCACACUGUUAUAAUAAUAUAAAUAGUUCUACAUAGGUAUGUUAGGUAAGAGAGCAUAACAUUCCAAUUUUGUCUAGUAGGACAUUAGAGGGGGACUAUUUUUAUUUAUCUUGUGGUUUUCUUAGUAGAUAAUUAAAAUUCACUUUCUAGAUGUGAUUUUAAUUUUGUGAGUUUUGUAAGUAAUUUUUAUUCGGGAGGUACUUCGUAGUAAAAUUUUUAGACUUAAUAGAAAUGCUUGACAAUUUAACAGGAGGUUCGGUAAAAGUCGUACUUUAUGGCCAAGAAAAACAAAUUUGAGCUUAAUGUAGUAUUCUUUUUUAAAGGAAUUUUAAUAUAACAUUUUGACGAAAAUCUUUUUGAGUAAAAAAAUAUAUUGAAGAAAUCUAAUUUUUUAAUUUUUUGUUUUGAACAUCAUUUUAUUGUCGAUUUAAGAACGAUGGUGAAGUCAGAAUUGAGCGGACUGACUUAAAUUCGAAAUUUUUGCUUUUUGAAAUUCUGAUAUUAUGUGUUAUGUUAAAUAACUAUAUUUUCAAUUUUAUAGUAUGUCUAUUGUAGUCUAGUGGUGGUACGUACCUGUUAUCAUCUCAGAAAUUACGAGUUCAAACCCGUGUUCCGUAAAAAUUGUUGUCCCUAUUUAGGUAAAAUAGAAAAACUAAAUGCAUUUUGGGUGUGUCUAUAGAGAGAGACCCAAGCCAUCGCUCGCUCGAACUAUUUUAAUCGUAAAAUAUUCCUCGAUAUUUAAUUUAUUUUGGGCAGUGGGCCUUCAUCAUCUUUGAAAAAAUAUGUGACAACUGUCAAUGUUUUACGAGUCAACUUGUUGUAAUUUAAAGUUUUCAUAGAGAACACUUUAGAAUUUUUUUUCUCCAAUAAUAAUUAUUAAGUGUAAAAAAAAAAAAAAAAUUAAAAACGAAUACAAACAUAUAAAUAUCAUAAUGCAGCCACUUUUAAUUUAUAUUACCUACAUAAAAUGUGUCGUACUACUAUGGCUUGUAAUCUAGACGGAACAUUGAGUAUGUAAAAACGUUCUGGUGGGUGGAGUUUAAUUUCGAGAACAGGAACACUCGAAAUAAACGGAGGGUUUCAAUAAAAUUGGCUGUCCUUGAGUGCAAAUUUGCUGUUUCGCAUACUAGGCUGUUUGAUUCUAUCUCUCUUGAUUCGUUUGGAUCGACCACGCCUCCCAGUUCUCGGGGUGAAUGUUCCGUCUAGAUGUAUAAGUCUGCGUGCAUUGCGCUACUACUGACAAUUUUAGUCCCUGGUCAAUACUUGUGACCUACGUAAUGAAUAUUGACGAUCUAUAUCACACCUACAUACGGCCUUUAUAAUUUUUGUUUAUUAAAGUUUAUCAUGACGAUUGGUUAUAAUAAUUUUAAAUGGUCUCUUGAGGGUCGUUAUAGUUCAUACUAUGAAAAUUACAGUAUAUCACUAUACUUUAUAUAAUAAUGAUGAUAAAAGAUUAGAAGUUAGAAAAAGUAGAUACGAUUUGGAAUAGGUGCGUGGCGAUCCACCUACCGUCCUCCGGAUGUGUUAUCGUUAAUAAACAUGCAUUGGUAUUAGGGUUAGACGAAACUUUCGUUUAGUUACGUACUGUAAAUAAUUGAAAGUUUUUAAAUACAAAAUGUAUAUUAAACGGAAAUAAAUAAUUUGAAUUUUAUUAUAGACAUUAGAAAAAUAGGUUCUUGAACGAACAUACUUUGAGUUAUUAAUUUUUAACGAUUCCAAUACUACUUUUAAUAUAAAAAGCUGUAAUAUAAUCGAUUGAUAUAAGUAUAACCAGUGGCACCUAAACUAUAAUUCGAGUAUAACAGUAUAACACACCAUAUUUUGGGUGGUUGUGUAUUCCCGAUAGUUGGGAUUGGGGAUAGUUGGGUAGAAUGGGUAUAAACAUUCAAAAAUUACACUUUUUAGUUUUUAGGUAGUAAAAUUUAGAUACAAACGUUUUUGAGGUGGGUGGUGGUUUUGAAUUUCAAAUUUUGAUACACUAUAAAAAUAUAUUUUGGGUGCUACUGAGUAUAACUUUUUAAUAAGUAUAGAUAGAUAUCAAUCUAUAUUUUUCAUUGAUACAAAAAAUAAUAUUUUAGAUUCUAAACAGAGAAAUAGAGCUAUCUUUUUGUUUUACAAUAUAAUGGGUAUUUUCUUUCGAAUACAAUUUUAGGAAUAAUACUAGUGAUUCAAAAGUUUCAUGUACCUAUUUCUAUAAAUCGAUAAGUAAUAAGAAAUGUGUGAUGAUUUAAAGUGGUAGUUUUCGAGUUUUCCAGUAGUUUAAAAAAUACUCUCAAAAAACUAUAAAAAUAAAAUCGUAUCUAAUCAAGUUUUAAACUGACGACAAAAAUAUUGAUUGUUUUUGCAAAAAUCGUUUUUGAAAUCAAAAACUUCAGUUUUAUUUUCGAAUGUAUUGGAUUUCGUAUCAAUGUUGUAUCAUUAUUUUACAACGUUCAACCUUUGUGUUAAAUGUUAAAUCGAUUAAAUAAGGACUUGUGCUGAGAUGUAUGUAGAAACAAUAUUACAUUUAGUGAGUAUAGUAAGCAGCGGUGGAUUCUGAAUUUUAACUGGUCUGGGAGAAUUUAGUUUCAUCGGCAUUUCAUCAUAUUUAACCACUUUAUCAUUGUUCGUCUGGCAAUCAUAUUACCUUAAACCCUGAUCAAUUUUCUCCUUAUUGUCACAGACGUAUGCACAAUACGUCAUAGCUAAUUUAAAAUAUUUGUAUUGAAAAAUAUUUUUAAAAAUAAAAAAAAGAACAAUUUUAAGUAUAAAAUCAGUUUUAUGAUGAUAGGUCCGUUUAGAUUCAUGACUGGGCUCCCAGCCGGACUUCCCGGCCUCCCGGUUGCCCAAUUCGCUACUGAUAGUGAGUAGACACAUAAAGGUACUCAUCUUUUUAGACUUACAAGGUUUUAGUACUAACUACUGGCAGUGUACAAAAUUGAAACACUGGUUUUCAUUAUACUUUAAAUACGAGUUUUGAAUAUUUAGAAUUCGGAUAUACUAAUCAUAGGGUUAUAAAAGUUAUGUAACUACUAUAGCAUGGUAGAACAUGUUUCAGUUAUAAAUAUAUUUUUCCCUUGUCAAUGAAUUUAGGUAUCACUUAAUAAUAGUAGCUGGUGAGCAGAAAAUAAAAAUGUUUAGUAAAUGCUAAUAAUAUUUUGUGCAAAUUAUACGUCUUUGGUCCCUAACGAUAACUCGCGGCUUCUCAUUGAAUAACAAAAAAAAAAAAAAAAAAAAAAAAAACAGCAGAUACUGUGGAACUCGGGAAAUUCUUUAAAACAAAUUAGUAGUUACAUAACAUUUAUAUUUAUUUAUUAUGUAGUAAUACAACAGUGCCGUCCGAACUACCCCCUUUAUACUGCCAACACCGCCCGUAUUCUACACGGCCGCCAAAAUUACCCUCUUUACACCGUUCUUGAAUCAACCAUUACAAAUGUAUUGCGCCGUAUCGCUUUAUGCGAAAUGCAGUGAUUCAAUAAUUUAAUAUGUCUAUAAAUACCUAGCUCAAGAGUUGCGAGAACGCAAAAAAAAUGUACUAACUUGAUCAGAAUGCAAUGAAAAAGGCUUCUUGUUAUUAUUUGAUUGAAGCAAGAAUUUUGGUAGGAAACUUGUUGACAGAUAGAAAAAAAAAGCUGACACUGCUGAUGGGUCAAUGGGAGUGUCACUGUUGCCAGUUUUUUCCAUUCGUUUUUUUCGGUUUUUCUAAAUUAUUUUGAAAAUCCUUUGGAAACUAAAAAAAUGUACCUCAAGCACCAACAAGAUUCAAAAUUCAACCAAAAUGUAUCUGGUAAUUUUUUUUUUUUGAAGAAAUUUUUUCUUUCAAAAAAUUGUUUACAUAGGUACAGAAAAGAAAAAAAAGCUGAUUCUUUGGAUGGAUGUGCUACUGUUGUAGGUGCGAAGUUGAAAAGGUAGGAUAGAUAAGGUUAUUUAAUUUAUAUCUGUAAGCAACGAUAAAUCAUUAUAGUAUUUUAGUACGAUUCUCAGUAAAAUUCAAUUAAACGUGUUUUGAAAUGCUAUAAUUUUUACGAUUUUACUCAAAAUUUGAAAUUAAAACGCUUAUAAAAAAACGACUAUAUGUUCAACAUUUUUUUACCAUUAAUUUAAACUUAAAAUAAAUCGUUGUUUUAAAUUUUCAAGCGUUAUGCUGUAUUUGGCAAUAUAAUUUUAUCCACAUAAAAUUAAAUAAAAAUAAAAAAAAAAAAACUAGAAUAUAUCCAAUGUCUAUAAAUAUAUCAGAUAUUACUAGAAUGUUUUAAUAAUUUUACCACGUCUGCAAAAGUCUGACAAGUAUUCCCCUUCAAGUCUCUAUGAUUUGUUUAGCGAAUUAUAACAAAAAACAAAAUCGAAAAUAAUGAAACCGUUAAUUACGUGAACUAAACCCUUUUUUUCUAGGUUUAUCCAAAUUAUUAAGAAGACAAUAUAUCUAAAAAUCUACAAUACACCAACUAGAAUAAAAAUGUAAAAAAAAAUGACUCGUCAGUUUUCAUUGGAGCUAGAUUUCUGAUAGUAAAGUUACUAUUACCCUACUAAAUCAUUACACUCCUCGCCACGCUCAGAAUUUAAAAUAGCUUAUGAUACAUAAAAUGUAUACACAUAACUUUUUUAUUUAAAUUGAUUUUUAGUUUCUUAAUGAGUUGUUCUUUCAUUAUUUAACAGUUCCUUCUGCCUUUCCACAUUUUCAUUUUGCUGAAAACAUACUCGGUAAUUGUUAUUGUUCAUAUAAAUGUAAAACAAGUAUUCACCUAUACCUUUUAUGAUGUCUUUCAUUACUGUUUAGACAGUUUCUCACUUUCUGAAGUUGGAUUUCCUUUGUAUGAAUGGAUUUGUCAUCUUGUCUAUCAAUGAAGUUUGUCGCUUUUAUUUCCGUGCUUGUAGAAAGUCCAUUAAAUUUAAGUUUAGACAAAACUAAAUUAACUAAUUUAUUUAACUAAAUUUAGAAUAAUCAUUUUUUUUGGUUGAAUUAAGUCAUUCAUCAAUAUUAUAUUGUUUAGAUAACAUGUUUCCCUUUCAAUCGAAACAUAAAACAAUGAGAAAUUUUUGUUGCUUGACAAAUUAUCGAUGAAACAUUUCGUAACUUCUGGAAGUAUAUAGGAACUUUUGUUGUGUCAACAUACUUCGGCUUAAAAAGUUGUUAUAUGUUGCCUUAUUGUAUACUGGGCUUAAGGGACGCAACUUUUUUUAAGCUUUAUAGUAUCUAACCUUUUUUUCCAAUUCAAGCACUGAUUGUACCUACUUCUUCUUAGGUAAGUACAUAAAUAUUAUAACAGCUAAGAUGAUAUAGGUUAUAUUUUACAAUGUACAUCAAAUUUGUUUUUAUAUACUACUUACAUAAUAAUUUAUAUCAUCAACAAGAUUAUUGUACCUACUUUUAUGAAAUAACUAUACAUAAAAUAUAUUAAAAAAGAACCACAUUCCAUAGUCGUUUUAAAAAUGUUGUGAUUCAUGCGUAAUUUAAACGAAUUAUAUAGAUAAUAUGUAAUAACAUUAACUAAGUAAAAAUGGCAAUGAAGAAUCGAAAUACAAAAUAGUAAUCAAUUAUUGAACAGUUAAUAUAAAUUAGUAGCCAACUAAAAAUACCUAAAUACCUAUCUACUGCAGCAGUCCAAUGUUUCAAUGUGCCUUAAAGGGUUAUUAUUUAUUUUAUUAUUAUAUAACAAAUAGUUCUUUCAAUUUUCAUCAUUAUAAUAUACUAAUUUUUUAGGUAGGUAGGUAAGUGUAUUAUGUUAUGCUAAUGUAGUAUGAUAUUUUUAUAUUUUACCCCUACGAUUAUACUCACAUUGUAUAGUGUAUGUCCUCAACCAUGAUGACACAUGAGAAAUUGCAUUAAGUAGAUAAUUUUUCAAAAGGGACUGGGAGAUUAUAUAAUAAGGGUCUUGACUAAAAAUAUACAUAAGAUCUUUUUCUGUUAUAUUUUAAAAUACAUUUUUCAUAAUAUGAAAAGAAACUUAGACCUUUAUUUAAAAUAAUACUGAAAAUAUCUCAUAUUAACAUUUAUUUUUCACAUGAACCCCCGCCUAUUUCUACUUUAUUGAUAACUUAAAUUUGCUGAUGAGACAUAUCUUACUUGUCACUAUAUUCCCAUAGCUCGCAUCAAUGUUUCAUUUACACAGCCACACAUUGACAACUGCCAUUCUCUAUUUCAAAGCGUGACAGUUCAGGUUACUGACAAAUUUUGUACAUAGAUUUUUGUUAAAUAAAAUUACUUACUUGCGUUUUAAAUGUGUAUAUAAUAGGCAUAUGAAUUAAAUUCAAAAUAAAACUUACAGUGAUAUUUUAGUUCACUUAACUAGCUUAUAUGUUAAUUGAUGUAUUAGCCAUUUAUAAUAUUGAAUUACAUUUUAGAUUCUGAGCGUAACGAGUGAGCUAUUGGUUUUACAAUGCUGUUAAUUUCUUUUUUCUUUCUUUGUUCUAGCCUGUAGACAUGUUUCAUCCUAUUAAACUUGCGUGUAGCAACUUUUUUUAAAGUUCAAGUUGUUUAAAUUGUACUUUAAGAGAUAAUUUUUUUGAUUUUCGACGCCAUUUUUAAAUAAAAGCACUUAAAUGGGAAAAACUAAGGAAAACGUACAAUUUUACGGAUGUUUUUUACCAGAAAUGAUUUAAUCGAAAAAUCACAAAAUACCUUUUUUAUUGCCUUUUUGAUUUACUUUAUUACGGUAUCAUUUCCAAAACUUUUAAGCCACUUUUGAUCUUUUAAGGAAUUUUAAUUUUUGGUAGUUUUUCGGUCAUUCGGUUAUAAAUUCAUCGAGAGACUUGAAACUUGGUAAUAAUACUUAUAUUGGAUUUACCUAGACGUGGUAAAAUUUCAAAGUUCAUCGGACUUUUUUUUUCCUUUUUUUAAUUUUUUUACAAUGGUACUUUAUUUUUUUUUACACGGUAGACCACUUUUAUUCUAGAAAACUUGCUCCGAUGUACAAGUGUAGCACCUUUUCUGAAAGUCAAUUUUAUCUACUUAAUAAAAACGAAGAUCAUUUUUUGAUUUUCGAAAUGGUAUUUAAAAUAAAAGCGAUUAACUAGAGAAAAAAAUACGAUUUUUUUCACGAUUUCGUUAUUUUACAUAAGUACUUACCACGUUUUCUGGUACAAAUAUGGCUCAUAUUGAAAAACGACAAAAGACCUUUUUUGUUGAAAAAUUAAUUUUGUUUUAAUGAUGCAGUUUGUUUUUUUGAUUAGUUUUGAAUUAGUUUUCAUAAUAAUCGGGAAAAAGCGUAGGAAUGUAAGGUUAAAGAAAAUAACAGCACUUCAAAUUAUGUAUUACCAAACUGCACUCGGAGGAAUCGUCUUUCAUCAGCAAUGGUUUAUCGUUGCUUACAGAUAUAAAUGAAAUAACCUUAUAUAUCCUACCUUCCUAACUUCUCACCUACAACAGUGACCGCACCCGUCCCCAAUAUCAGCUCCCUUUUUUUUAAAAAAUACUAUUUAGGAGUAUUCAAAUCAGUAUAAUAUAUUUAAAGUAUGAAAAAAUUAUUUAUUUAAUGCAAAUUUGUAUAUAGAUGAUAAAUAAUUGAAAAUGGUAUAAUAUUAUACUAUACUAUUGUAUAGAGUGGAGUCGUCAUUUAUGGCCAUCUCAAGAAUUUUAGAUUUUUAGUGGAGCGAGGAAUUUAAUGGUUUUACAAUGAUAUGCUUAUUUUUUUCUUCCUGUGGACAAAUUUUCUACCAACAAUUUUGCUCCAAUUUACAAUAAUAGCACUCUUUCUGAAAAAAAAAUUACUCGGGAGGUACUUUAAAGAGGUCAAUUUUUGAUUUUCUAUUGAAUUUUCCCAAUAAAUGAGAAAAAUCAAAAAAACCGUAAUGGAAAACGAAAAAAUAGGUACAAUCCAAGUUUGCUCAAUCAUUAAAAAGACCAUUUAAAAUUAAAAAAAAUAACUUUCUUACCAAUAUAAUUAAAAAUGGAACACAAAAUGUUUUUGUCAGUUUUUUUGUCGUUAUUCAAUAUAAUUUUCAAAACUGUUGGAAAUGUUGAAUUUUAGGUAUAGAAUAGACUUUAUUGUUACAUUAUUUUAUUUAAUUUACUAAGUACUAGUUUUAUUUUUGAAAUUUUAUAAGUCUCUUUAAUAAUAAAUAAAACAAAAUUCUCUUUUAGUAAAUAUGCUAUUCUUGAACAAAGAUUUCUAGUAGAAAAAUAUAAUCUUAACAUUUUAUUAAUAGGUAAUGAAAUAAUAUGAAUUAGGUUAUUUUUGGUUUUUUUUUUUGGUUUUUCCUAAUUAUCAUGAAAAUUACUUAGGAUAUCAAAAAACGAUUUAUAAGUUAGUGGCUAUGUGGCUGUAUAUUAAAAAGAAUAAAUUCUCUUGUCAUUUGUCGGUUGGAGCAUUAUUUCUGGUAAUAAUAUUUCCGUUUUACCUAUAAUUUUCUUUCGGGGUUUUCUCAAUUAUUUUGAAAACCCCUUGGAAAACCAAAAAAUGACCUUUUUAAUGCACCGACUAGAUAAAAUUACCUUCCAGAAAAGAUGCUACACUUGAUACUUCGGGUUUCUGUUAGAAAAUUUGAUCACUAAUAAUAAAAAUAAAAAUAAAAAAUAACAUAGUAAUACGCUACGCUCUGUAUCUAAAAUAAUAUUAUAAAAUCCAAUAAUGGAAGAAUAAUCAAGGUAAUGGAAUAGUUUGUUAAUCAAAUUAAAAUUGUGUAGUUUUAUAUUUUUGUGUUGAAAUCUAUUCAGAUAUCUUAUUCAUAAGUAAUGCACCUAUCAUUUCUGGACAUGAAUACAAUGAAACCCAUUAAAUUAUUUUAUUCCAUUUUAAAUUACUAUAAUAGACAGAAUUAAACGUACAAAAAACAAAAUUACUUGCUAAUUUUGGUUCAAUUCUAUAAGUGAAUGUGAAUAAAUUGAAAUCACGUAAGUGACACGAUAAACGUAACAAUUUUCUUUUAAAAUAUAUUUUAUUAUUUCAAUUAGUUAUGCAAAAUACUAUUAAUAUUAUUAACAAUAAUAUACAUUUUAAUUAUUAACUAAAAAUAAUGUAACUAUAUCAUUGAAUGUAAUAUGAACUAUAAUCAUUUGGAUUUGAUCACAUCUUAGAUUGUAGAGGUCGUUACAGCAACAACGUUAUACACUACCCAUACAAACCUUUUCUCAUGUUCAGUAGUUUAGUCCUAACGCGCGCGUGCGCCAGUACGGUCUUCCAUCGUUCGAUACAAUAUUAAUCCGAGACGUUUCAAAUUUUACUUCACAGGUACCUAUUUGAUUUAUUAUUUUAAUCCGCAUUUUUCCAGUCGGAAAGACCUACCGAAUUUAUUUUCACAUACUUAAUAUUACAUUUAUAAUGGAUGAAAUUCGUUUUAAAUAAUUAAAUUUUUUUUUUUCCCUUCAAAUAUUCCCCACUGGACCGGGGAAAACCGCGUCAGCAUUGCUUUCCCCAGCCCGGCAAAAAAUUAUAGGCAAAGGCGCCAGCCAAAAGCCAAAUUAGCUCAAAAUAAUUAAAUAUUUACCUAUUUUCUAAAUUUGUAAUACUAAGCUAUUUUGAAAAUUCUAUUGAUUUUAAUAUCUUAAAUAUGUUUUGUUCCAUUCACAGGUUAUUUUUUUAUAUUGUAUCCGUUUAUAAAUUUUGUUCUUGUUGUAUAUUUGAUAACUCGGUUGAAAAUUAUUUCAUGUCAUGUGUAGUUGUAAUCGUAUGAUUUUUGGAUCAGUGUUUGCUCUUUUCACAAAACCUAUCAAUUUCAAUAUUGAUAUGAUGACUUUAUCACCAAUGAGGAUCGUCAGAACUUGGCGUAAAAUAUUCUACGGUUACAAUGCUAUUAAGAAAUUAUCUUCAGAUGAGCUAGUUAAGGUAAGAAUUAGAAAUAUAUUUAAUUUAUUAGAAUUUUAAUUAAUCUUUUCUGUACACGUUAUAGCAUAAUACUUUAUUAUUAUAAAUAAAGAUGUUAAUUAAAUACUCGUAAAUUAUUCCCAAGUAAAAUGUAAUAGCUCUUUUAAAUAAUUACCUGCUUACUUUAAUUUUACCAAAAUUUGUUUCUGGCUAUAAUAUGUAUAGUAGUGACUAUUAAUUUUAGAUUCUGAGUGUAGCGAAGAAUAUAUUGGUUUUACUAAGAUUUUUUUUUUAUACUGUGUACGAAAAUUCUACCGGAAAUCUUGCUCAGAUAUAUACGCACGACACCAUUUCUAAAAGGGAAUGUUGUUAAGAUGGUCUAAUUUGGAGAUCAUUUUUUUAAUUUUCCAAGCGGUUUUCAUAAUAUCUGGGAAAAAAGUAAGAAAAACGGAAAAUUUACGCCAUUUUUAAGCUUUUUAAAGGAAUUUUAAUAUUUUUGUUGAAAUCUAGUUAAAAAUAUUCGCAUCGACUCAAUGAGCUUAAAAUUAAGACAAAAAAUUAAUAUUUGUCUUUUCUAGACGUGGUAAAAUGUUCAAAAGUUCAAUCAAUUUUGAACUAUUUAUAGACAUUUUAAUUUUGCGAGUUUUGUACGUAAUUUUUAUUUGGUAGGUACUCUGUGGUAAAUUUGUUAGACCUAACGGAAAUGUUUGGAAAUUUAACAGGAGAUUAAUUAAGAGUAUUACUAUGGUAAAAAAAAUUGAGUUUAAUGAGGUAUUUAUUUUAUAGGGGAUUUCAAUAGCAAAUUUUGACGAAAAUCGUUUGAGUAAAAAAUUAUGUGGAACAAAUAUAAUUUUUCAAUUUUUUUUUUGAACUUAUAUAUAUUGCCGAUUUAAGAGCGAUGGUGAAGUCAGAAUUAUUAAGUGAACUGGCUAAGUUUUUAAAUUAUAGCUUUUUGAAGUUUUGAUAUUAUACGGAUAUUAUAUGCUAUAUUAAAUAAUUCUGUAUUGUCCUUCUUAAAGCAUAUUUGUCAUGAUCUAACAGUUAUAUAUGCCUAUUAUCAUCCUAAGGGUUCCGAGUUUUAAACCAUUGUGUCGAAUAAAAAUUGUUUGUAUUUUUUUUACCUUUUACUUAAAUAAUGAAAAAACAAAUCCAUUUUAGAUAUACCUAGAGACCCAAGUCAUCACUCCCUCGGACUAUUAAUCGCAAAAUACCCCUCGAUUUGUUGUGCAAAAUUUUGUACUAGAAAUCUUGCUCUGGUGUUUCAAUUGUAGCUUACUUUCUGAAAGAAAAUUUUAUCUCCAUGGUAAUUUAGGGAGGUCAUUUUUUGAUUUUUCAAGUGCCUUCAUAAUAUCUGGGAAAAACGGAAAAAAAUAUCGGUAUAACAGAAAAUGUACGAAAUGUAGAUAUUAGUAAAAAAAUAUAUUUUUUUUUUACUGUCAACAAUUUGUCUACCAGCAACUUUGCUUAGAUUUACAAUGAUAGCACUUUUUCUAAAAGGAAAUCUGACUGGGUAGAUGCUUUAGAAAGAAAUUUUUCCCAAGAGUUUUCACAGCAAAUGUGAAAAACGGGAAAAUCGGUACAAUAUUAAAUAAAUAUUAUUAUAGAUAAUACAUAAUGCCUAUUUAAUUAGGUAUUUUACCAUAAAAUGACAUAUAUAUUUUUGACAAAGCAUCACUACCAAUUGAACUGCGUUCAGAAUCAUUUUUUCUUUAGCAAUGGUUUAUCGUUGCUUACAUAUAUAUAUUAAAUUACCUAAAGCAGUGGCUGCACCCAUCUCCAUUAUUUUAGGUCGUCUUUUUUCGUUCUUAUAAGUAUGGUGGUAUUAAAACGAUUUACAAUAUUUGGAAUUUAGAUUUUACAUCAUAAAUUACUAGAAAUUUCACAAUGUCCGUGUUAUUUUACAUUCUAUCUGAUAAAUCUAUUAUAAGACACUAUAUCGGAAAGUAUUAUUUUUUUUGGACUUUGUUUUAAGAACAUUGUUUUCAGAACAUUUAAGAAACAAGCAGUUCUACAAUUUUGCAUUUAUAUAUAUUAUGUCUUUCUUAUUUUUGGAGGUAAAAUCACUUUCUACUUUUGAUUUCUGUCAAUCCGUUGACAAGAUGUUUCACUUUUAAUUUUGGAUCGGAGGAGGGUUGUGGUGCAUUAUUAAAACAACGCGCACACAUCUUAAAAGUAAGUGAAAUAUCUCGUCAACGAAUUGACGGAAAUCAAAAAUUUUAAGACCAAAAUUUAUUUUAAAUAAUACUCUAUUUAUUUACUCUAUUUAUCUAUUUAUGGAAUAUAUAAUAUAAGUUGCCAUUUGAAAAUAAAAAGUAGGUAGCGGUUUUAUCCCCAAGGGUGACAAAAAAUAAUAUAAAUGUAAAAUUGUUGAACGACGUGUUUCUUAAAUAUUUUAUAAAACAAAUUAAAACUUGACAAGAUAAUACGUAUUUUACUAUAGAAUGAUCACUCUGUAUUUAAUAAUGUGUAUUACCUAAAUAUGUUAGAUUAAAGGUAUACUUGGUAGGAAUACUAUUAUUCCACUAUAUUCGUGGUUAAUGUUUUUUUUAUAUUAUAAAAUACUAUUAAAAACUUCUACGUAAGAGUAAUUAAGAAUCGGUGUUUAAUUAUAUAAAGAAUUAAUUACAGUUGGUAUUUAUUAUUUAAUCAUCUUAAUUCUUGACUGAAAACAGUAGGUAUGUACUUAAAUGAAUUCAAAUUAUACGUGAUUAACAUUAAAAUAUAUAGCUAUUGUAUUUAAAUAAAUCAUAUAAAUGAGAUUUUGUUUUAUAAAGAGUAAGUACGCUGCAAGAGUAGGUAUUUUAGAAUAAUGAAAAAUAUCAAUGAUGCAAAAAUGCAGCUUCAAGUAGCUAUGUUUUUAUUUAUUCCAGUGAUACAAAGUAUGCCCAGUUAAACUUUAAAAUAAAGUCCAAAUUAUAUUAUAAAAUAAAAUAAUAUAAAGUGCCUAAUGGGAUUUUAAAAAGUAAAUAAUAAAAGUUAGUAAAUAUGUUUGUUUUUUGUAAUACCUUUUAUAUUUUAAUAAAGUACUUUAUCAACACUUAGUUUAAGUAAAAUUAAGGAAAUUUAAUCUUACAUCGAUAAAAUUAUCAAAGAAAUAUAAUUUUCCUAGGUACAGAUUGUAGAAUCUGUUAUAAUCUGUUUACUAUUUUGUAUCUAUAUUUUAUUGUAUAAUGACUAUAAGCGAUACUUGUACGUAUUUAAAUUUGAGAUUAAUAAAACAAAGAGCUACUGAUGUAGACGGAAAAUUGGGAAGGCAAUAUAUAUGGAGUUAUUUAGUUAAUAUAUACGUGUAACGAAAAAUAAUUUAUAACGGAAUACGAUUCUGAAUGAAAUUUGAUUGAUGAUGGUUUGAAAUGUCGACAUUUUUACGAUUUUCGUUAAAAUUUGUACUUAAAACGCUAGUUUAAAAAAACCUAGUAAAUGACGCUGAACUUCUCUUUUUGAUCACUAAUUACGAUUUAUGACGAAUCUUGUAUAGAAUUUUCAAUAAUUUUUUAUCGGUAUACAAAUUGUUAUAAACCAAAUACAAUCUAAAAAGGACGUCCUAGGAUAAUGGGGACACCUGCAUCUACUGUUAUAGUUAAUUUAAUGUGUACUUGUAAGCAAUAAUAAACCAUUGCUUACGAAAAAACGAUUCUGAGUGGAGUUCAGUUGAUAGUGAUGCUUUUUCAAAAAUAUAUUUGUCAUUUUAUAGUAAAAUAAUUAAAUAGGCUUUACAUUUGUUCUUUAAUAAUAUUUGUUUAAUGUUGUACCGAUUUUCCCAGUUUUCCUAUGUUUUAUCUUGGUUUUUCAUAUUUGAUAAGAAAACUCCUGAGAAAAUCAAAAAAUUACCUCUUUGAAGUACCUCGCUUGUGAAAUUUCCUUUAAGAAACAUUGCUAUAAUUAAAGGCUGAACCAAAAUUGCUGUUAAAAAGUUGUGCACAGGAAAAAAAAAUCAUGAUAGAUUUCGUACAUUUUCCCGUUUUUCUUCCAUUUUUUCGGUUUUUCACAUUUGUUGAAAAAACUCCGGGAAAAAUAGAAUUCGAAAAUGACUUCUCAUAUAUACCUUCCCAUGCAGAUUUCCUUUCAGAAAAAGUGCUACAUAUAAAAAUCUAAGCAAGUUUUUUGGUAGAAAAGUUGGGCACAGAAAAAUAAAUAAACAUCUUUGUAAAACUAUAAGGUUUUUUGCUCCACUCAAAAUCUCAAAAAAUCUCAACAAUUUCAAACGUUUAUAAAUAGCUGAAAAAUCGCCAGAAUAUUUUUAAAAUUUUACCAGGUUUUAAAAAGGGUAGUAUAAAUAUUUUGUGAAUAUGUUAAGUUACUGAGGUUAUUAAAAAAAUCGAAAAUAAUAAAAUUAUUAUUCCGUAAACUUUACCAUUUUUAUACGUUUUUCCGAGAUAUUAAGAAAACUUCAAGAUCUAAAAACAACUUCCCUAUAUACACCAAAAAGACCAAAUUUCCUUUCAGAUUCCUUUAAGAUAAAUAAAAUUGAAAAUAUUAAAAAUAUUGAUAAAUUUAUCAAUUUUUCCUGUUGUCGCCAAUUACGAAAACUACUUGGAAAAAAAUUUAUCUAGUUUAUGUACUGAAAAAAAUCCAAAACGCUACGAUAAAUCUUUUUAUCAUUUGCUAUUGGAGCAAGAUUUCUAGUAGAAAAGUUGUAUACAAAAAACGCUCCACUCAGAAACUAAAAUUUGUUUUAGUGUUAUUUGUUUUUUUGAUCUUCACAGAUAAUUGAAUAAAGAUAUUAAUCUGUAAUCUAUUUGUACAUUUUUUUUAUUGAUUAAAAUCCUAAAAUAAUUUACUAUAUUUAUGCUAAAAAUUUAUCUAUAUAUAUAUAAAUAAUUAUAUUUAUUGACAAAGUUUUCCAUACCUUCGAUAAAAGUUUAUAUUAAAUUAAAAAAUGUAUAAUUUUGAUUUUUUUUUUUUAAACCCUCAUCAUAUCUAUACCGUUGUAUUAUACUUUCUAAAGUUUCCAUUCUUAAUUUAAAAACAAAAUAUUAUAAAAAUACCUAUACUUUUAAUAAUUUUUUAAAGUUAUUUAUUUCAAUAUUUGUGGCAUUAAAUAAUAAAAAACCAAACGAAACAUACAUAUAUAUAUAUAUAUGUAAAUAUGUUUUAAAACAUAAUAAAUAAAUAAAUAUGUUUGACUUAUAGAAGUUUAAUAAAACUGUUCAAAAUUGUAGAAAUUUAUGAUUGAGCCGAAACCGAAAUUAUCACCUAUUUUUCUUUUAAUGUGUAACAAAAUAAUCUUCAGGUUAAUGUUUAUGUCCCCAUCAUCGCUUAUGUUUUGGAAAAAAGAAUUUCUAUACAGGUAUAUUUCUUUUAAUGAACUAAACGAUUUUUCUAUGCCAUUAUACAAUGUAACUAAGGUGUUUAUUCAUUUUAUUUUGGUUUCAUAACUAGGGGAAAUAUUGAUUGAAUUUAAAAAAAAACUUAGAGAAAGAGAAUUGUUUUUUUUUUUAUCUUAUGUUUAACUGUACGUAGCUUUUCUGUUUAGUUAAAAAAAUUCUAUAAUUGUUUUUAAUAUUUAUAACUCUAUAAGUAUGGAACUGCAAUAGCCUGAGUACAACUUCCUUAUAUUUGGGGUUGAAAUGUACACUAUCACAUUUUAAUUUUUAAAUGGCAGCCUAUAUUAAAACGUCGAUAAGUAGAUGAAGUUUUAGUUCAAAUAGAUUUUGGUAUUGAAAUUGUACAUAAAUAGUGCUCCAAUACUUUCUCCCUAUACCAACUAAAUAAAAAAUGUUUAAAGUAGAAUAUCUCGUCAAUGGGUAUACAGAAAAUUAUUUCAUAAAAUGUUCAAAAAAAAAAAGUUGCCAAAAUAUAAUAUUUUCCGAGAUAAUGAGCUAGUGUUGUACGUUUUAGUUUUACGUUUUAGUCUUGUAUUCAUAAAUUCGUAUAUUCUUCUUCUUCUUAUACUUAUUUCCCUUUAUCUUUAUCACAAAUAUUUGGGAUUGGCCACUAUGUAUAUCUAAAAUUUAAUUAUUUUAUUAUAUUUUUUAAUACAAAUUAUAAACAUUUCGGGAUUUGUAUUGUUGAAACUAAAAUAUUAAACUUAUUCAUGUGUACUAAACGGUUUAAAUAAUUGUGUUAAUAAGUAUCGUAGGUAUAUUCGUUUUUUUUUUUUUUUACUGCAGAACCACCUACCUUUUUUUCAAAAAAUGUAUUUAAUACACUUUUAUAGGUUCAGUAACAUUGCAGUCAGUUAAAUAAACAAAUUUACAAAAGUAAACUUUGCCAAGCAUUUAUGUAUGAAAAACUUUCAUGUAUGUAACAUGAGAGUGUAUCUAGUAAAAUACGAAGCUUUUUAAUUAAAAUCAAUUUAUAAUUGAACACGAUAAAUAUAUAUUAUGUUUUAAAAAGAUAUAAAUUAAUUUCUGUAUACUAUAAAUACAUUCAAAUAAAUCAUUGAAAAUAGAAAUAGUAUUUGUACAUAUGUAAACAAGUUACAUUUGAAUCAAACGGUUUAAUGAUCAAAAUAUUCAUUAAGCAUAUUAUGUUAUAAACUUACACUAAAUUUUUAUGUUAUCUUUAAACUGAAGUUUCUUAUAACGAAUAAGUUAUUGAAAAGAUUAAAUUGAAUUAUUUGUAUUUGUAUAUGCAAAGAGAGUUGCGUAGUAUAAUAACAGUAUUAUAACUUUAAUUUCAAUGUUUAUAAUAUUUUUGUUGAACUUAUGUACAAGUAUAGAAAACAUAGGUACUUAAUAUUUGAAUGCAUCGCAAUGAAGAUUAAUAAUUAAGUAUAGCAGCUUAUAUUUUUCUUUUAUUUUAUAAUAUUGUGGGUGUUUAUUUCCCAAUGCUGAUUCCAAACAUAAAAGCUUUAUAUAUAAAAAAAAAAUCUUAGUACCUAUCCCCCGACGCAGUAAGCAUGACGAAGACAGGACUACAAACUAUACCAACGGUAUAGUAUUGAUUCAAUUCGACGUACUGAAUUCGGAUAGGUCAGUACCUGUUACUUACACGUAUUAGAAUUUAAUAUUUAGAAAUAUUAAUAGGUACAUAUUAAAUUAAAUAAUGUGAAAAUAGGCAUCCAAUAAAAAUAUGUAUAAACAUACAUAUACAUUUAACUUAUUGUUAUUAUUUAUAAAUUAUUUGGAUGGCCGAUAUCGCAAUGUUUGGAUACUGUGAACGAUUUUACAUACAAAAACAAACAAUAAUUUGCAUAAAAUAUUUUAAUGCAGAGUUAUGUUGGUUAGGCUAACCUAUAAUAAUCUUUCUAUAACCAUAUAUAUUUAACUAUAAAGGUAUGAUGUACAAUAGGUACUGAGCCUGAUGUUACAAUAUAACCCAUAGUUUGUAUGUAAUUGUAUGGAAAUUAUAAUUUUAAAUAAUAAUACUCUUAAUAUUUUAUUUUAAUUGUUAAACGGUUCGUUUAAACCAAAUUGUGUAGACAGGUUAAACAACUUAAGACCAAGUCUAUUAUUAUAAUUAAUUGAGAAAUUUGAGAAAUUUACAACUACCAGUAGAUACUUAAUAAUAUCAUUACUUUAUUUUAUUUUAAUUUUAAAAAUAUCAAUGUUUUUAUCUUAAGCUAGGUAUUUAAAACAACGAAUACUAACAAAUAUGGCUAUAACUUUUGUUUCGAUAUUUUUUAGAAAAAAGAUAAGUUCAACCAUUGGAAAUAUUUUCCUCUUUUAAUAUUAUUACUUGUCUUUAAAUUAAACUCAAAUUUCAAUCUAUACGUCACAAUUUAUGUUCAAAGUAAUGUAAUAUUGCUAUAUUGCCUAUUAGUUCGAUUAAAACAGCACAUACAGAUAUUACGUCCUAUUGUUUGGGUAUAAUACAUUUUUAAACUGAGAAAAAAAAAAUUAAACCUUUUACGCCUUUUAGGUUUUACCUUUAGGGCCAACUUUUCUAUAUUAUAAGAUCGACAUUCGUUUUGAUCACAAAAGAUCUCCAUCUCGUUUUACCAAGCAUUAGUAGUGGUCAAUAAGAAGAAAUUGUGUGUUAUAUAAUAUUUUUUUUUUAUUAGCAUCUUAAUAACAAAUUUUGCCGAAGAUCGUAAAUAUUAUGGUCUUUUAAAACAUGUGUAACCGGACUCCGCUCAAAAUCGUAUUAUGUUAACAAUUUCCCUCUAUAUCCUACCUUCCCAACUUUUCGCCUGCAGUUGUCCAUCCAUCGUGCAAAGUAUGUUCAUGUUUUUUUAUUUUGUAUAGAUUGCUUAUUGUAUUUAUUUUUUUCCUGUGGCGUCGUUUAAUUGUGUUGUAUGUUGUAUUUUGAUUUUACCGUCUACAAUUUUAACUGCAGAGCUAAACUGUGUAUUGUAAAUGUAUAUUAUUUUAUAUAAUACAACUAUGUAUAAAUGCUUAUAAAAUAAUAAAAAUAAAAUAAUUUAAAUUAUUAAUAGAAACAAAUUAAAAACAGCUUUAUGUUCACAAAUAAUGAAUUUAAUAUGUAUUUAUUAAUAUUAAUAACUAGUAAUGAAUGUGCUUAUCAUUUUUAGUACAAUUUUACAACUGUACCAAAAUUAACCACAACAAAUAUUGGUAUAAAUAUUCUGAAAUUAUUGUAACCUUAAUAUAUCUAUAAUAACCUUUUAAUAAAUAAGAAAAAGUGUAAUAUUCAAUUUUCGAAAUAUAGUACAUACCAAUAUAUACCUUGUUGUGUUAAAACAUUUUAGAAGAAUCUCAUGUCAUAAUAAAUUAAUAUUGAAAACUGAAAAAUUUGAAUUUUUUAAAAUCUAUAGGAGCAUUUAAAAUAAUAAUUACAUUAUGUGUCAAUACUUUAUUAUAAUCAAUUUAUAAUGAAAUACCUUAUACAUUAACAGUACAGUUUUCAAGUUUCAAGUAUUAUUAUUAUUAUUUAUUUUUUUUUUCUAAAAAUGUUGAGAAAUCAGAAAUUCCAUCGAAAUUAUUCUCUUAAGUUCAAAAAACCGGAUUUACUGCGCACAAUGGAUAGACAACUGUUGUGGGUGUAUAGUUUGGAAGGUAACCUAUAAGUUAUAUAGUUUAUAUAGAGUGAUCUAUAAUAAUAAUUCCAUAAAUAGAUGAAGUUUUAGUUAAAAUAAUUUUUAAGGUUGACUAAAAUUUAUUUUUUUUGAAACGUUAUCUCUAUUUAUGGAAUUUGUAAUAUAGAUUGUUAUUUGAAUAUCAAAAGUGGGUUGUGGUUUCCCCCCCCCCCCAAAAAUUAGUGUGAAAAAUAAUAAAUUGUAUGCACUAUUUUAAAGUUACUUUUUUUCAUAAGUUUAUUAUCAAUUUUUAAAAAAGUAAUGAAGUAAAUACUUUCCGAGAUAAUGAUUGUCUUAUUGAUGAUUGAUCACAUUUAAUAUCGAAAGCAACGAUAAAUCGUUGUAAUCAAGAAAUGAUCUUGAUGAAAAAUAAUCCGAAUUUCAUUCAGAAUCUUUUUUCAUUAGCAAUAAUUUAUCUUUACGUAUAGAUAUAAUUAAAAUCAUUCUAUAUACUUUCAAUCUACCAACUUCUCACCUACAACAGUAGCACACGUAUCUGUGGUGUCUUUCUUUCUUUAUCUAUUGUGGCUAACAUAACUUAAAAAUCAAUAAAAAUAAAACCAAUAAAAAUUUGUUAAGUUUUUUUAAAUUAUUUAGAAAAACUAUUGAAGAUUUGUUUCAAAUAAACUGUCACUAAACAGAAAUUUUCAUAUUUUAAGAUACAGUAUAAACAAUUCGAAAGACCUAAUAAUAAAAAAAUAUUUUCCGUAUAAAAGAACACUCACAUUUUAAUAAAACUAUAAUAGCUUUUUUUCACUACUCAGAAUCUAAAAUUCUGUAUACUUAUAAACGUUCUCUUUUUUUUAAUUCUUGUAUUCAUAGAAACAAAUUUUAAAUACAUUUUGUAAAUUUCUUCUAGAGGCUGAAGCUAGCACAUUUUCUUUUAUCCUUGCAGCAGGGUAAAAUAAUAUUUUAUAACUCAGCAAUAUAUUGCUGAAGGCUGGUAUUUUUUUAUUUGCGUUCAUUUGUUUUAUUGUUUUUACACAAGCCUUUGAUAUUAAAUUCUAUAUAUUUAAUUAUGAAUAGUAAUUCUAAUUAUCUUUCUUUACUUUUGUUCAUUUUAUACUACAAUAUACUUACUAAUUAUUCUUUAGGAGACUAUUUUCACCUAUUUUCAAUACAGUAGGUUCAAAUCAUACAUUUUUCUUUAUAAAGGAAAACGCAUGUCUGUAGAAAUGUUAAAAUAUGAAUUUACUCAUGUAAGACCUAAACUAAAAUGAUUUAUAUAUGCAAUGGAUAAAAAAAAUUUAGAUACUUACCUACCUACUGUAAGUAUAUAGUUACCUAAUUUAAAUACUAAUAUAAUUGAUUUAUAAUUUAUAUUAUAUUUAAAUUUAUUUAUAAGAACAGACUUAAGUAUCUAUUAUACGAGUAGGUACCUAUCAGAAUCUCAUAUUAUAUAUAUAUGUAUAAAAAUUAUAUAUAUAUAUAUAUAUAUAUAUAUAAAUAAAUACUUAGUUUGUUAUAUAAUAGUAUUAAAAAUAAAUAUUUGCUAGGUAUUUUUAACAAAAAAUUGUUAUAAUAACAAAUUCAUAUAUAUUAUAUAUAUACAGGAUUAUCAACAUAACGUAAGACACUUAUUAUCUCGGGAAAUAUUAAUUUUUUUGUAUUUUUUUUUCUUUUAUAGAAAUUGUAAACAACGAAUUCUAAAAUGUUACUUUAGCAUUAUUUGUUGUCGCACGUAUUUUUUGGUAUGAACCCACUACCUACUUUUGAUAUUUAAAUAUAAAAUAGUACUUUGUAUUAAAAAUUCCAUAAAUAAAUAAUUAAAGUAUAAGUUAAUAUCAAUUUUGUAUUUUAGUUAACCUAUUAUGGAGAUUGUUUCUACUCUUAAUUCAUUUUUGGUAAGGAAAGACUGGGAGAGUAGUAAAAUACUAUUUAAAAAACAUAUGCCUGCCGCCACACAGAUAAUGAAGUGAUAGUUUUAACUCCAAAAUAAAAUUGUAACAUUUCGUUUUAGAGCGGUUUGUUUCUCAGAGUUUUUAAAAAACAAAUUAAUACACUCCUAGAUAAAGAGUAUAUUACGUUAUGCUGAUCACUCUGUAAUAUACAUAAAAUAUUUUCUGAUACACUUAAUUGAAUUUAAAAAUCUUAUUGUAUACAUAUGUUUAUUUUAAUAAUAUCGAGAAUUAUUUGAAUCAAAAGGUUCUUAUAUUUUUCAUUAUUUGUUUUAAAUUCGAAUAUCAUAUUAUUACUAUAGUUGGUAUAUGCCAGUAGUAAGCGUAUAUUAUUUUAGAUUUUCUCCUGAGUUUUAAUAAAAUUGUAUACUUUUUUUUAAAUUUUAUUCCGUGAAAGUACAAUAUUCAAGUACCUAUAUGCCUAACUUAAUAGUGUUCUAUUUAUAUCUAGAAUAUUUCAAAAUUAUUCUUAACUUUUUCAACUAGGUAAUAUUAAUAAUUUAUACUUUUUGUCAAAGAUCUACUAUAUAAAAAAAAUUAAUUUUAGAUUCUGAGUGUACCCAAGAAAAGUUUUAUAGAUUUUAAUGUUUUUUAGUCUCAUACUACAGAAUAUGCACCUACACCACUUAUUUACACUUGAAUUUUAUGUUUUAGAAUAAUAUAAUUACUGUAAUACAAUUCACUAUCAAAAUCGUAUUAUAAUUUUAAAUACAUUUUUUUCCAGGCGGCCGAAAGUGGUAACUUGGAUGAAUUUCAUCGCCUUUUUAUAGCGGAACCUGCUCGCCUCGAAGUGAGAGAUUCAAAAGGACGGGCUGCAGUACACCAAGCAGCUGCUAGAAAUAAAUUGAAUAUAUUACAUUUUAUAAGAAACAAAGGAGGAGGUAAAUAGCUAUUUUAUAGUACUUUAAAAUAUUGCAAUUGCAAAAUAUCAAAAACUUUAUGAAAUUGCAACUGAAUAAACAGUAUAAGUUAUCCUUCAGUAAUUUAUAAAAUCAUAAUGAAUCUAUGGUAGAUACUAAAUGACUAAUAAAAAAAAAAUUAAAAAACGAUAGAAUAUUUUUUGACUUCGAUAUUUAUACUUUGGCGAUACUGAGGUAAUAGACCUAUAAUCAUUAUAUGUUGGCUAUACUUAAAAAAUAUUUUUUAAUUAUUUUACAAAAUAAUGUGUUUUGUAUAAAAUUAUUGUAUUUAUUUUUAAAAUAUUUUUUAAUACUAUAUUAUACUAAAAGUAUGCUUAUACAAAUAUUUUAUCAAAAACGAUAUAGAUAUUGGAUAAAUAAAUAAAACAAAUUGAAUGGGUAUUUUUAAAAAUUUUUCUCUUUUAAAACUUAAUUUGUCUAUUUAUAAUUCAUAUAUUAUAGUGUUAUAAUUCUUUACAAUAGUUUUCUGAUAGAAUAAAAUUACUUUCUUUUAUUAUAUCAGUAAACUCAUACUUAGAUAUUGGUACACUAAGUAUAUGUUAUGUAUAGCCAAAUCUUUGACCCUCAGAUAUAUGCAAGUUUAAACAAGAUUUUUCAAUUUCUAUUUAAGUUAUUGAGUUUUUACAAUUACAUUUCUAAAACUAAAACGAAAAUUGAAUUUUAGAUUCUAAAUAAUAUUGUUUUUUUUUUCUGUAAACGAUCAAAAAUGUUGUUUUAAUCAAGAGCUUUUUAAAAACUUUUUAGUUACAAAUUUUAUCUAGUUGAUGCAUUGAGAAAGUAUAAGUUAAUUUUUCUUAAAGUUUUCUCAAGAAUAGGGGAGGGGGAAAAAUUUAAAAAUAAAAUAUUUACGCAAAGGGUUUUUAUUAAUUUCGAUUUUGUUAUUUGUUGUAAUUUAGUGAAAAAUACUAAUAUACUAUAGAGACUGGUAUAGAUCUCUAUAAAGACCUUUCAUUAAAGCGCUAUGUAGGUAUUAUAUUAACACUUUCAAGGCGUGAUGCAAUUUUUAAAACAUUUUGGCGUUUUUAUGGGGGAGGGGAGGCGAUGACUUGUUCGCCCCCUUCUAACUUUGGAAUUUUUUAGUGGUAAUGUUUAAAUAGCUAAUAAAAUAGGUAAAUAGGUUUAAAUUUAAAUAGGUAAUAAAAAUUAAUAUUCGUGGUUUAUUACAAUACUUAAACAUCCUCUCUUCCUUGAUUAAGUUCCAGUUACGCCAUCAGUACCCAGAAUGCCGGUUUUGGUUUAUUGAUUUUUCGUUUUACUUGAUUACAUGGAUAAAAACAAAUAGUAAUAGUAUUUUGAAUUUUUUUUUGGUUAUUUAUAUUUUAGUUUGUUCUUAUUUAAUCAAACUCAUAUUUUCAAUUUGUGUAUGGUAAAUAAAAUAAAUUCAUUCUAAAUAUGAUUUUGUAAAUUUGUGGUUUAUUUCAUAUCGCAGUAUACCCAUUAUCUAAUUAUAUGAUUAUAUUAUAGCCAGAAAAUAGUUAAUUUAUAUAUUUUACGUUUAGUAUUUUAAAAUUUUAACACACUUAACGAAUGUAAUAUGUUUGACAAAUAAUUUUUAUUAUAAAAUAUAAUAUCGCAUUUUAGAUUCUGAGUGAUUCAAAGUAUUGGUUUUAUACUAAGAUGUUUAUUUAUUUAUUAUUAUUUUUUUUAUAUACUGUGUACUAAAAUUUAAUGCUCAGAUAUUUAUGUGCAGCACCAUUUCUAAAAGAGAAUAUUGUCCAGAUAAUACUUUUAGGUCAUAUUUUUGAUUUUCCAUGCGGUUUUCAUAAUAUCUGGGAAAAACCAAGAUAAAAAGUAAGAAAAACAGGAAAUUUACAAAAAUAAUGCUUUAAUUAUUUUUCAAUUUUGUUAUUUGUUGUAAUUCAGUUAAAAGUAUUUGUAGGAAUUUGAAAUUUGUACAAAAAAAUUAUAUGACGCAUAUAUUGUUGAUAAUCAUCACUAUCAACUGAACUGCGCUCAGAAUCGAUUUUUCGUUUGCAAUGGUUUAUCGUUGCUUACAGAUAUACAUUACCUGUAACAGUAGCUGCACCAGUCUUCAUUAUUCUUGGACGUCUUUUUUAUAAUUAAUUAUUUCCUAGUUUAAAAUCAUUUUAUAUUUCCUACAUUAUUAUUGACUAUUGUUGUAUAGCUAGGUAUCAUUAACAUCAUUAUAAGUAAACUUACGUAUGUUUACAUACAUUUUAUAUAAUUUAUAUUGAAGUUUAAUUUAACUAUAAUUAUUUUCCUUAGUAAAUAUAGGUAUAUUUUUAAUAACUUUGGAGCUAUUAGAAAUGUCUUAAUUAUAUUUUUAAUUUCGGCUCCUAAUUGUAAAAGUUAUAUAAGAUAAUUAUUUUGUAUUGUUGGUCGAUAUUGUUUUUUCAAUGAGAGUAAAGGUGAAUGCAACAUACCCAUUUCAACCACGUGUCACUUUAAAUCGAAUUUGUUAGAAUAACAAAUACUGUAUAUUUAUUUGCUCAUUCAGAAUCAAUCAGACCAUUAUUAGGUACAUAUAUAUGUUGGGGAUAUGUUUUUCAGAUCGCUAUUUUCACAUGGAUAGUCACAAAGAUAAUAAAAUUAUUUUGUUUGUUCAUCGUUUCAGGUAUUGACAUUUUUAGUGUAUAAUACAUCAUAUUUCCAGUCAUAAAUUUUUGUAGGUACUAGGUGUAGAAUAGAUAAAAAAAAUGUCUUUUACUUAGUUCGUAUAAAAAUAAGAUUUCUACCUAACAUAAAUCAUUGCAAUAUAAUUUUUUCCUGAUUUCGAACGGUUUGUUGAGUAGAGAUAUAAAUAUUUUUAUGUACCUAUUGCAAGAUAAUAAAAUAUUAUUUUUUAUUAAAGAUAUAUCUUGUGGUUUUACGAUUAUUAUUAUUAUUUUAUAAAAGUAACCUAAAGCUCUAUAGACCUUUAAAGAAACCUUAAAUUAUUUUUAACAGUUUUAUUGUAAAAUGUCUCAUUUAAUAUAAUUAAUUACGUUUGAAUUACAAACUUUUAUAUAUUUUCAAAUAAUCAUGCGUAAAGUAAUAUUAUUAAAAAAAUUGACAAACUGUAUUCAUUUCUUUUUUUUUUUUUUUGUAUAGAUUUGAACAUCAGAGAUUCUUAUGGAAACACUCCACUACACAUCGCAAUUGAACACAACUCACUGGAUGCGGUGGAAUUUUUACUUCUAUAGUAAGCAAUAUUACAUUUUCGUUUUAUUUUUUUCUUCAAAGCUGCCGGAGCCGACGAUUUUUUAGUGUGCGAAAACUUGUCUCACGGGAAAAACUCUUACGCUUCAUAGAAUGCACGGAUUUUUCUUAUUAUUACUAGAAAAAAGAAGUCAUUUUACAGAUCGCUUGAAUUUUGAUUAUCAACAUUUAAUUUUCAAAUUCUAUAUACACAGUACAUAUGAAAGUAUGAAUACUUUAAAAUUAUAAUAUUAUUAUAGAUACAUCGUUGUUAUAUUAUUUGUAUGUUGAAUGUUGAAUGAAUAAUUGAAGUUCAAUGCUACCUGUAAAAAUUGUUUUCUCUCCAUUAUAAAAACAAAAAUAAAAAAAAAGAAAAUUAUACUGAAAUCGGACCGCUGUAGAAGACAUACCAUAUUGUUCUUGUAAAGUGUUGAUACUACUCAUAUACCUACCAUCUUUGACACAAAAUGUAAAUAAAAUCGCCUAUAUUUAACUUCAAAAUUAAUGGUCGGCUCUGACACCUCAAUAUUUGUAUAAUUUAUUGUUCUAUAAUAUGCCAUAAACAUCCCAAUUCUCAAUAACCAAGUAUAAAUAAAUAAAAGUUUACAGAUUUUAUGGUUUAUAUUGAUCUUUAAAUCCAUGAAUUUAAGUUUAAUUUAUCUGUUAUAAAUUUAUAAUGUAUCGAUUAUAACAAACAAAUUAUUAAUAUAAUGAUUAUGAUUUAUGUAUUUUCGUAUAAAAUACCAUUGGUCAGUGGCGUGCCGAAGUAGUUUUUUGAGGCAAUUGCCACACAAAUAAAAUGGAUGAGUGGGUGGGUGACUGACCAAAUAUGUUGAAUAUUGAUAUGCCUUUAUUUUAUUUUUAUUUUAUUUUAUAUUAUUAGUAUAUGUAAGUAUCUCCUUACAAAUAUGAUAGCCUAUAUUAUGUAGUCAAUAUAACUAAAUAAAGUUUUUUCUGUAAUUAUUUGUAGGACAGCCAUAAAAAUUUAUGUUUUGAUUGGGUGGGUCCAAAUUUGUUUGUUUUGACUCAAGUAUGAAAAAUGAUCAGCACGCCACUGACAUUGAUUUUAAAUAAUAAUAAUCAAUGCUAAUACAAAUUAAUUAACUUUUAUUGGUAGAUAUUUUCCUUUAAACAGUGCUUAGAAAGUUCCUAUUUUCGUUUCUAAACUAAAAACAAAAAUCAUUAAUUUAUGUAUUUUUUUAGUUAAAGUACUGUGGUCACGUUCUCGGUUAUUUUGAAUUGUAGAUAUUUCUAUACGUGUAGUUUUUUCCUCAAUAUUUUGUGAAAAAGUCAAGUUAUACUAGUCUAUCUAAGUACAGUAAGUUCCACUUAAUGUGAUCACAUUGGUUCAUGUCAUUUUGAUUCUAUUAACCGGUUAGUUACAAAAAAAUUUUUUUAUUUUUAAUGAUUCUAUAUUUAUACGUAAACUUAAAAUAAAAUAAUGAAACUAGGUAUCUAUUUUCGAUUCUAUUUGAGAAUCUAAUAAUUUCAUUUUCAUAUUAGCUUGAAAUAAAAUCCACAUUCAAUUAAUAUACAUAAAAUUAAAAUUAAAUACUUAAUAAUGUAUGUGCAUUGUACCUGUAACUUUUUGAAUAUACAAUAAAAAAAUACAUAUAACUAUAUAUAAUUAAAACAUAAAAUACUAUAAAACCGAUAAGAAUGUUUAUAAAAGUUAUUCAAUUAUCUGGUACUUGGUGAUUCUAAUAAAAUAUUAAUUUAACAUUGUAACAAAAAAUUUGGUUUGGGAUUUUCAUUUUUGAUUCCAAUAAACGGUUGAUUCUAUAAACCAGUAAUCACAUUAAGCGGAAUUCACUGUACUUUAGAAAAGAAAUGACACAAAGCUAUUUUCUUCUAUAUUACAUCCUGAAAUUUAUGAAUAAGUAGAUCAUAAUUCAACAUUUUUAAAUUGAUUUUCUAUUAGGUAAGUAGUAGGUUUAUUGGAUAAAGAAGAAAUUUAAAAUGAAAUAAUAACUACACAAUUUACAUUUUAACGGGGUUAAGUAAACAUUGGAUUUUUAUAUGUUAAUAACUUGGACUAGGUAUCUCAUAUAUUUAUAUUUUAUAUACAUUUAUAAAUUUAUUAUCAUAUAUAAAUAUCACAUUAAUGUUUUAAAUUAUGCACUUGUUAUUCUCGUGCUGUCGAAAUUUUGAUACCUAUCUGUAUUCUGGAUUAAAAACAAAUUUACUGACACUUCAUUAGUUCUCUUGUGAUAACUUAUAACCAAAAAUAAAAAAACUUAAAAACCGAUGUUCGUAAGAUAGAUAAUUUUAUUUAUUGUAUGACUUAUAAAAUUCAACUUUCUGAACACAUAACUCAAUUUAUAAAGUUCAUCUAAUUAUUUUUAAAAAUAUUCCAAACCAACCUAAAAAUUUCUCAUCUUAAAUAGUAAAGAUAAUCGCAAAUAAAGAUACAAGUUAAAUUAAAUUAAUUAUCUUAAAUUAAUUUUCUUACAUAGAUAUUAGACAUACAUACAUAUAUUUAACUAAUAUUUUCGUGAUCUUUAUUUUUAUGAUUUAGUAAUAUUUAUUUAAUUAUAAAUAAUCUUCAUUUCUUUAAACGUUCAUAUUUUUAUUCUUAAAUCGUAUACGAAAAUUGUACAACCAUUGUAUAAGAUAUGUGUUAAAAUUACUUAGGUAUUAAAUGAAAACUUAUUAGUAAUGCUAUUUUAUAAGUAAUACCAUUGAUUAUUUUUACCCAUAUAAUUGACUGUAAAAAUUAAUUUCUAAAAGUUCAAAAUGUAAGAUAGAACAUUAUGAUAUCUUACUAAGUUUGCAGAUUAUAGGCUAAUAAAUAAUAGUUGUACGAGAAUUACAUCGAAUUAUAUUACAAAGCAAAUUGAUUUAAAUUGACUUAUGAUUUGAUAGCUGUUCAUCAAAAAGUCAAAGAAAAAAAAUGUACGUUUCAAGUUUCUGAAAGUAUUAAAUGAUAUUUUAAUCAGACGAUAAAAUACAGUAGUUAUACAUUUUCAUAAAUAUUUAUACCUAUUUAUACUGAAAAUAAUAUAACCUUGUAUAAAUAAAAUUAUAUGAGGUUUACUUAUUAAAUGUGUGUAUAAGAACAAAAAACUUGAAAACGAUCAUUAGAAAACGAUCAUUAGAAAAGUCAAAGAGAAGAAAAAUAACGAAGACAUUUUUAAUUCUUUUGUAACAUUGCUGUUUUACUUAAUUAAAAAAAAAAAAUAAGUUAUUCUAUGGCAGUAGUGUCUAGAAUGUCAUUAUUAAUUUUUGUUUAACACAGUAAAAGUAAAAAUUAAAUAUUUAAUUAAAAACAGUGUGAUUAGUGUUGAAAGUGAUGCGAGCAGAUAUUUUAAAAAUAACACCUACUGAUGAGAAGAUUUUAUUUUAUAGGGUAAUAAAAAUUGGUUAAGAUUUUCAAGAAUUGUAUAACUUUUUUCAUUAUUAAUCAGUUACCGUUAGUUGACUUUAAACUUUAAAGUAUAGGUAGUAUAUUUACUACCUAUACUGUAAUUUAUAACUCAGAAUAUAUUUUAUAUUCAAAUUAUUCAUAAUUUUACAAGUUAUUUAAUGCAAUUAAAUUUUAGGUGUAUAUAAUUAAACAAUAAUUAUAAUUGAAAAUUGUAAUAUAAUAAUUAUUGUUUAGUUAUACAUACCUAUCUAGAAUUGUAUUGAAUACAACCAUUAGGUACGUAUUAUUAUUUUUAUCUAUUUUCUUACUUAUGUUUACUUAUUGCUAGGGUAAGAACAAAAUUAAUAGCCAUAAAGUAUAUUGAUAUAUUUAUUAUAUUUUACAAAUGAUGUAUAUGAUUUACUGAAUACAUUUGUCCAUGUUUCUAAAGUAAUGCUGACCCGAGUGCAUUAAAUGACAAAAAACAAGCGGCUCUACAUUUGGCGGUCGAGCUAAAUCGCGUAGCCGUUCUUCAAGUAAUGUGCAAAUUCAAAGACCGAAUCGACAUUGGCCAAGGUGGAAAUCAUGGUAGAACGGCUCUUCAUUUGGCUGCUAUACAUGAUAACGACGAAUGUGCACGUAUAUUGGUAAGUAAAUAUGUUUUUGUAAUUGAAACUGAAACUGAAGUAAGGAUGUGUAGCUAUUAUGUAUGUUUUUCUAGAUGUUUAAAUUAUUGAAAUAUUCAUACUCCUUGAAAAAAAAAUAACACCUUUUUCUAAAUUAAUUAUGAAUGAAGUUUAUAAUAGAUAUUCAUUAUAAAAUAUAUUUGUAUGAUUAAUUUCAGUGAAGACCACCUUAAACAAUUAAAGACUUAAGAUGUUCACAUUUAGAAUAGGCAAGCUCAAAAAUGAGAUGUCAUCAUAUUAGUAUUGUUUCAUUGGCCUUAUUUAUAGUACCCUCGAUAAUCCUUCAGUAGUUACAUCCCUUAGGUAGUUUGUAAAAUAUAUAUAUAUAUAUAAUACCUAUGUUGCGCAAAAUAAAUUACAAUUAAACAUUGUAUGUUUUACAUGAACGGUUUUAAAAAUUGGUUUAUAAUAAUUAUUGUUGAACAAAUAUGUCGUAUUUUUUUUUUAGUUUUAAAUUUUUAUUAUUAACUAUGUGUAAAAAUUCCAUCCAGUGUACAGUGGUGCAUUUAGGUGGUGAAAUGAGUUAUUGUCCCACACAAUUUACAAAUCCUAGAUGCACCACUGAUUUCAUCUGUGCAUUGUAAGCAUAUUAUUUAUUUAUCAGACACAUUUCAGGUUACAAGCUUUGCAGAUUCAAAAUUUAUAUUUUCAAAUGACGAAGAUACUAAACCAAAUUCGAAGUCUUAUUACUUAAUGGCGUGAGCAAAUUUUUUUUUGUUUUAUUGAAUUUCAUAUUCAUUAUUAAAAAGUAUUAAACGACACAUGUAUUAUAAACAUUGGAGUACUUUGAUAAAAUCAAUAUAAAUCCGUGGGAUUGGUUUCAGUUUUUUAUGUUCAAUGUUCAAAAUGUGCUUGACAUGGAAAUAUACUAAAUAUUAUAAGCAACGGUGCAAUAUUUAUCCGAUAAAGGUUUGACUACAUUUGUGUCAGAUACUAUUAUAUGAGCGUCCUUUACCCAACAAAAAUGUUUUAACUACCUAUAUCAACUGUUAAAUUUAAAAUAUCAAGAUUUUCCAAAAAAUCUAUUUUGUUUUAAUUGUUCAAUGUUCAUUUACUGUUAAUAAAUUAACAUUUUAUUACAUUGUAUAUGGUCAAUUAUUAUAUAUAUUAUUUUUUCAUCAAUAAUUCGUGUGGUUAUUUUAUUUUUGUCUAUAAUUUCAAAUAAUAUUGAAUUUAGUAAUUACAUAAUACGCAUAUUUUUAAUUCCAUUUUUGUUUAUUUAAUUUGUUCUAAAAACAAAUCUAAAUGAUUUAAUUAUCUUAUUUUUUAUGAAUGUCAUGUAAACAUCCAGUGUUCUGAACUGUUGUAAAGUUAGUAUUUUUUUGUAUAAAAUUAUACAAAUUGUAAAAUAAAAAUUAAUAUAAUUCUCUUUAUCGAGUCUAGUAUGUAUAAUAUAAAAACACUAUAAAUUAUUAUUAUUAUUAUUACUUACGUGUAUUGUUACCUGUUGUAAAUAUUAAGGUACCUAUAAUUUAAGUUUAAAGGGCGCUUAUUUUCCAAUUAUGUGCAAUUUUUAAUGAAUUUGAUGUAUAUUAUUAUAUAAUUAUAGAUGGAAGGUUUUGGUGCUGAUAAUAGACAACCUUGUCACAAUGGCUACUACCCAAUCCACGAAGCAGCAAAAAACGCAGCGUCCAGAACGAUGGAAGUGCUUUUACAGUGGGCAGAGAAAAGAGGCAAUUCACGACAUCAGAUGAUAUCGUUUUUUGAUGCUGAAGGCAAUGUACCGCUUCAUUCUGCAGUGCACAGUGGAGAUUUUAAGGUAAAUAACAUGUACAAAUGCAAUGAUUGGAAAGCGUGUAAAACGGUAUAAAAUAUCAACUUGAGGGAUUGGGAUUAAAUUUCACAAAGGGAUUGUUUAUUAUAUACUAUAGGGUAUAGACAUAUGAUACUUAUACAAAUAAAAGCUUUUUGAACUUACUACAUUAUUAGUGUGUAAAAAAGAAACUGUAGACCAAUAAAUUCAAUUAGCUACCUUUAAGUAGGUACCUACGUAAUAUAAUAACAGCAACCCUGAUAUUAUAAUGUUUACUUUUAAUUUAAAACUAAGCCAAAUAAUAUAAUUUUAUAAUAAUAAUUUGACAUUUUAUUUUUGUACAAUAUUAUACUUAACUGAAUUCAAAUUCAUUUUAAUUUAGAAUUUAUUUAAAUAUAAACCAACAUUUUAUUUUAUACUUUUGGUAUGAAUUAUCCCGAUAAAUAUAAAAUUUAAUUGAAUGAUAAUUAAUUUGUAAUAAAGUUUUUUAAUUAAAAUAAUUAUGUAUUCCCUGUAAAAAAUUAACUGAUCACUAACUAUAAUACAAUAUAGGAGGUACCUACUUUUUUUCAAUCCGUUUUCUUAGUAUACCUACUUAUUGAUUUAAUAGAUCAAAAGUGAAUUUAAAUGAUCAAAUAUCUAGAUCAUUGGAUUAACAUUGGAUAGGUAUAGGUAAUAUUUUACAAUUUUACUACUGAUACAAAAAUAAUAAUAAUUCAAUAAUUGUGUUUUAAUUUUAAUAUAUAUUUUUACCUGGAUCAAACAUUGAUAUGCUCAAGAAUAUAUACAUAUAUACCUAUAUAUAUAUUAUAUAAAAAAACAAGGUAUUUUAACUUUAAGAUUAGAGUUUUGUGUAGAUGGUAACCUAAUUACUGAUAGAAAUGUUUAUAAAUAAAAAAAAAAUUGAUAAAAUAUUAGUAAAUUUAAAAUUGUUCAUGAUUUUCUGUAGGCCGUGGAACUAUGUUUGAAAUCUGGAGCUAAGAUAUCAACGCAACAGUAUGAUUUGUCCACUCCGGUUCAUUUGGCCUGUGCUCAAGGAGCUAUUGACAUAGUUAGAUUAAUGUUUGGUUUACAGCCUGCUGAAAAAGACCAAUGCUUGUGUUCGUGUGAUGUACAAAAAAUGACACCACUCCAUUGCGCUGCCAUGUUUGACCGAUCAGAAAUCGUACAAUAUCUUAUUGAAGAGGUAUUAUAAUUUCAAUUUAUUUUAUAUAAGUCACAUAAGGUUAAUAUACAUAGUAGGGUGGUACUUACUUUAUAGAUGAAAAAUAAAAUGCUAAAUUAUUUUUAUCGAGAACCUGCUAUCACCAUUUUGUUUGUCAGUAUAAGAUAGUCAUUUUGGUUAAAUUUAUUUUAACUUUUACAUGUUUUCCAAAAGGAUCAGAGGGAAAUUUGGCCGGUUUUUGAAUUAAAUUCAAAAACUGUAGCAGGCCUUAAAUAUAGAACAUAACAUUAUCUAUACAAAUGUUUUGAUAAAGUUUCUCAUAAAUUUAUUUACUUAAUUAAUUAAUUAAUAUUUAUUUUCUGAAAAAAAUUGAUAAAAUUGAAGUUUAUUUUAAAUUUACUGAAAAUUUUGAAGUCAUUUUUUAUAAAUUACACUAGGUUGGUCAUUUUAAACUCUUUUGCGGCACGUGAAGGAGUUGAGUUAUCAUCACCAAAUUUAUACAAAAUUACUUUUAUACAACGAACAAGAAAGAGAGGGUUAGGUUAAGUUAGGAGGUACAUGAUAAAAACCAUCAAACUUUUUUCUUUCAUCGAUAAAAUAAGGGCCACUCCUAUACUAUAUAUUUCAUAAAAAUGAAUAUUUUUAGGGAGCUGACAUAAACGCUUUAGACAAGGAAAGUAGAUCCCCAUUGCUUUUAGCCGCCAGCAGAUCAGGAUGGAGGACUGUUACAAGUUUAAUAAGACUGGGAGCUGAUGUUCAAGUAAAAGAUUCUAGUAAAAGGAAUGUAUUACAUUUGGUAGUCAUGUAUGGAGGAAGACUUGAUGAAUUUGCUCACGAGAUUACUAUGGUAAUAAAAUAGUAAUGGUUAAUGUGUAUAAUGUAUAUGUAGUUUACUGAUUUGUUAAAAAAAAUAUAAUAAUAAUUUCUAAAAUAAAUUACUCAUAAUAAAUCAAUUUAUUCAUUAGUUUGCAAUGCAUAUUUUUGAAAUAUUUGGUUUUGAUUUUUACAAUUUAAAGCUAUAUUGAAUACAAAUAGUAAAGAUCUUCUUAGUUCUGAAAAUUUGUUUAAUUUUUAUUUAAAUUAUAGAUACCUACCUAGGUUUUUAUCUUAAAAACUAAAUUUAAUCUGAAUAAUUAUUUUGACUACUUGUGACCUAAGUACAAUAAUAUUAGAUACCUAGGUAUAUAAUUUAUGAAGAAUUAUCCACAUAAAUCUGUAAAAAAAAAAAAACAAAAUGUACAAUUUCAAAUAGCUAUACUGCCCUGUAAAAGUGAAUGGCUAACUGAACAUUUUUUAUAAAUUAUAUUAUUGUAGAAUAUUGUUUAUUACGCUACUUUCCAUCGAUUUUACUAUGUUAAAAUGCAGUUAAAUAUCAUUCAGAUAAUUUAAAUGAGCUUUAAAUAUGUAAUAUUUACAAAAAUAUCAGUGAUUACUACAGAAAUAAGUAGUAAAUGGUAUAUCCUAGAAAAAACCUAGUAUAUGUAUAUUGUGUAUUUUUUUUUUGAUAGUUACUGUUUAUACAUUUAGUAAAUUUAUUUGGCGUACAUACUGCAUGUGUAUCUACUAACCUUAGAAUAUCUGACCAUCAGUAAGCAGUAUCUACAUAUUUAUAAUUGAAUGCCAAUAUUCUUUUAUAAUUAAUUUUAUAUUUUAUAAUUCUAUAAACAAUACAUAUUUCAAUGAGUUUGUUCCUAACUUGGAUUGGUCAGAAUUAGUUUAUUUUUUUUAUUUUUUUAAGAAUUAUAAAUUCUAUUAAUAUUUAAACAGUUAACUAAUUUAAAAAAAAUAUUAAUUGUUUUGUAUUAUGGUUAUUUAACAAAUAAAUUUAAAGCUGUUAAAAUUCUACAAAAAUUCAUAGACACUGUUUUUUGUCAAUGUUAGAAAAACAUUUAUGGUACUUGUGUAAUAUUUUUAUAAUUUGAACUGUGUGUUUUGAAGGAUUUUCAGAAGUUUCUCAAUAGGUAGGGAUAUAAUAAUAUUAUAACUUCUAUCUAAUCUAGAGAAAUAAUAAUAAAAAAAUAAAAUAAUAUGAUACCUAAUUUAUUUAUACUUUCAAUACUUAACAGGCAGCUGACUUGCACAUACAAAAAUAUAUUUACACAUCAACUAUUUUAGAAGUAUUAUACCUAUUAUAUAAAAGUAAAUUUAUAAUUUUAUCAGUUAGCUAGUUUAAAAUUCUGUGAAACAAUUAGAAGCUUAAUUUUUUUCAGGUUAAACAUUCUUGGUAUAGUUACAUUAAGCAAUAUGUUUAAAAUUUUAUUUAUCCUAACAAUUUUCAGGUGGCCUAUGCUUUAACACGGGCAAUUUUAAACUCCUAGACUGCCAUAAUGAACAUUUAAUUAUGGGACUUCGUCAGACAUUUAAAGAACUUAAAAACUGAAAGAUUACCAAUAUUUUUGGUAUUUUUUUGUAAUUUAGGCUAUAAUUAUUCAUUAUCGAACUAAAAUAAAUUUUUGUUAUUUUAUUCAGUGUAAAUGAUUUUUUCAAACAAUAAUUGGGAGCCUGUGUACAUAUAAAUAUUCUGAGUGCGAUAUAGUGAUAGAUUGUUAACCUUUAGAUCAUGUUAUUAUAUGUAGACAUUUAAAAAUUAUGUUUCUUACAUUGAAGUUAGGUUUUUUUUUAAAAAAGGGAAUAUUUUGGUGUUAAAUAUGAUUUUUUUUUUUGUUUAAUGAAUUUUGAAUAUUAUCUAAAAUUACAUUAUACUAUUCAGAUAGUUAUCAAAAUUAGUUUUCUUCCACAAAUAUCAAAUUCAACUUGUCUAAUUUCAUCGUGGGCAAUUUUUUUUAAUUUUUAUUCUUCUAUUAAAUGUGUGGAAUAAGUAAACAGAAUUAUGCAAUUAUUAAAACAUUUAAAAUAUUUUUCAAAUAUAGUUGUCCCUUUAAAAUUAGCCACAAGGGGCAAUAGCUCUCUGUUGUCCCCACCUGAUUGUUUCAUUAGUGCAUAGUUAAUACCUUUUCGUUAAUAAAUAUUUUCUUAAAAAUUGAAGUCUACUAAUUAAAGUGAAGAAACGUGAUACUUAAUGAUUAAAUGAAAGAUUAAGGAUUAAACUUAUCGUUAUUUAUUCAAUUUUGCAUAUUGGAUAUGAUGUAGAACUGUAGAACAUAUACUAGAUAGCAACACAGUAGGUAAUUUUUCUCAGUUUUAUUGUAGGCAAUUGCAUUUUUUAAAUAAUUUAUUAAUUUAAAUAAUUCUAAUUAAUGGAUUUGUUAUAUAUUUGAAUAACCAAAUUAAGUACUGAAUAAAUAUAUUAAAUUAAUUUUAAUAUUAAAUUUUUUUCAAUAUAAAACUGUAGAUCAUUAUCAUUUAGAGUAGUGUUUCCUACAGAAAUAAUUAAGUGAUGCAAUUUUAUUAUCAAGGUAUAGAUAGAAUAAGUACAAUAUCAAAAUAAUAUAGUUAGGUACAAGUUAAACAAAUUGUUUUUUAUCUAGCAUUAUGAUUAUAAUUUUAUGCUGGGUAUAAAGCUUCUAUGCAAUACUUAAUUAGGUUAAUGCAUUUUUACUAUUAAAUUAUUUAAAAUUAAUAAUGUCAAUUUAAAAUGUGAUUAAUUUGUUGUAUAAUAAAAUAAUUUAUUACAAAAAAUUAAUUUUACAGAUAAACAAUCAAGGAGCUUUAGAAAUGUUAUUAAACGAAAAAGAUAACACCGGAUGUUCCCCUUUACAUUACGCCAGUAGAGGUGGUCAUAUUAGAAGUUUGGAAAGUUUAAUACGGUUAGGAGCUUGUGUAAAUAUAAAAAAUCAUAAUGGAGAGAGUCCUUUACAUUUCGGUGCUAGAUACGGAAGAUAUAAUAUUGUCAAAAGGCUAUUGGACUCAGAAAAAGGGGCUUUUAUAAUCAAUGAAUCAGAUGGUGAAGGACUAACACCUUUGCAUAUUGCAUCUCAACAAGGCAAGAUUUAUUUUUGAUGCAUUUAGAUUUUGGCACACAAAGGUAUAAAAUACAAAUAUAAUGUAACAAUAUCUGUUAACAGGUCAUACCAAAGUAGUGCAACUUUUUUUAAACAGAGGAGCUUUACUACACCGCGAUCACAAAGGUCGCAACCCCCUUCAUUUAGCAGCUAUGUGUGGUCAUACACAAACUAUAGAAAUAUUACAUUCUGUACAUUCACAUCUACUUGAUCAAUGCGACAAAGACAAAAAUACUGCUUUACAUUUGGCUACUAUGGAGAAUAAACCAAAUGCAAUUACAUUAUUAUUGCAUAUGAAUUGUAAAUUGUUGUUUAACUCUUUAGAUUUGAGCGCAAUUGAUUAUGCCAUUUACUAUAAGUUUCCCGAAGCAGCAUUAUCUAUGGUUACUCAUGAUUCUAGGCAAAUAAUUUAUAUACAAUACAUAAAUAUAUUAUGCAUGAAAUUAAAAUUUGAAUUUCCAUUAUAGAGCUGAAGAAAUAAUGACAUUGAAAUCUGAUAGGCAUCCUUGUGUUACAUUAGCAUUGAUUGCUUCUAUGCCACGUGUUUUCGAAGCUGUACAAGACAAAUGCAUCACAAAAGCUAAUUGUAAAAAAGAUUCCAAACAAUUUUAUGUGGGUUAAAAAAAAUGCCAGCGAAUUUUGCAGUUGUACAAUUGUAUACUUAUUUCAUUUCAGAUUAAAUAUUCAUUCUCAUGUCUUCAAUGUCCAGUAGUACAAAAAAGUGGAACAACUGGUAUAUUAAAACCAACUCCAUUGCCUGCCUUAAAUGUAUGUUACAAUAAAUAAAUCUAUUAUUCAUUAUUUAUUUUUAAUUAAUUUGUGUUUUAUAAUAAGGCAAUGGUUAACCAUGGCCGAGUUGAACUUUUAGCUCAUCCACUAAGUCAAAAAUACUUACAAAUGAAAUGGAAUACCUAUGGAAAAUAUUUUCAUCUUGCACAUUUAUUGUUCUAUACAAUAUUUUUAAUAUUUGUAACUUUAUACUCAUCUCAACUAAUGGUCCAUAAUAACAACACAUACAAUAACAGUAAUAAUAAUACUACAAUUGAAUAUGAUACACUGUUAACUGUAGAUUCUAUGGUAUAUUUUGAAAAUAAUUGUUAAUAUUAAUACCUAAUACCUACCUUUCAAUUACUAUUGUAACUGAAUAAGUAAUUAUAUUUCCUACAGACGAAUGUGGCCACAUUAAAAACGGUAGCUGUGAUGAUUGUUAUUUAUGUGUUCAUUAACAGUAUACGAGAAGGCAUUCAGUUUUUUCAGCAAGGAUGGCCAUAUCUGUUGGAUCCAACUAAUGUGGUGGCUAUAUUGUUAUACAUUUCAGCUAUGGCUAUGAUAGCACCAGUAUUAACUAAUUAUUUGGGUGAAUAUCAAAUAUCUUUUGCAAGCAUAACCGUAUUUCUUAGCUGGUUUACGUUGCUUCUUAAUUUACAAAGGUAAUUCUGAAUAUUAUAAUAUUUAUUGUUUUUACUUAUUGGACUAACAUAUAAUACAAAGUACCUAGUAGAUAAUACAAAAUAAACGUUUUGUAUUAUUUUACUAUAAAAUAAAAAAUAAAAAAUCAAUAAUCAAUGUAUUAUAUGCUAUACAAAUAAUGAUCAUAAUGUAUUAUACAAAUAUUUUUUUAAUGAUUUGUUUUUAUUAGAUUUGAUCGAGUAGGAAUAUACGUUGUAAUGUUUCUUGAAAUUUUGCAAACCUUGAUUAAAGUACUGCUUUUAUUCUCUAUACUUAUUGCUGCUUUUGGUUUAGCAUUCUACAUUUUAUUAUCAAGGGUAAGUUAGGUACAUAAUUUAAGGUUUUGAUGAGUACUGCAUGUAAAAAUAACAUAAAGUAUAAUAAAAUAUUACCUACUUAAAAUAAAUAAAAAUCCAAUUUUAUAUUUAUUGAAUAUUUUUUAGGGUCAUCAUUUAUCGUUUAGUACUAUACCAAUGUCUUUAUUACGAACGUUUGCCAUGAUGUUGGGUGAAAUAGAUUUACUUGGAACUUAUAUACAACCACUUUAUACUAAUGAUGUUGAAAAUGGUCAGGCCAGAACCAUACCAUAUCCAGUACCUGUGUUUUUGAUGCUUGGUGUAUUCAUGGUUCUUAUGCCUAUUUUGCUGAUGAAUCUACUUAUUGGUUUGGCAGUUGGAGACAUAGAAUCUGUUAGAAGAAAUGCACAGCUAAAACGAUUAGCAAUGCAGGUUAGAUAGUAUAAAAUUGCACUUAACUUGUACACACAAAAAUACUGUGAACUAUAAUUUACUUAAGUCUACUAAGAAUAAUCAAAUCAUAUUACAGUUAUGAUUUUAUUUAUUAACAAUUUGGUCAACUAGGUAGGUAGGUAGUAUAUUAAAGCCAAUGUAGAUAACAUUUUUUUUUAAAAUAUUGAAUUAAUUAACAAUAAUUGUAUUGCAAGUAUUUUAUCUACCACUGGAAAUAAUUAUUGGCAACAGUUGUUUUUCUUUUAUCAAAUCAUCUUCAUCUGAGAUAGAUUAUAGUAUGGUAUUGAAUGAUGGUAUUAUACUACAUAUCAGUUCUAUAUUAUUUUAAACCAUUGUUCAGGUCAUAAACAAUUAUUUUAUUUUGUUUUAUUAUAUAAAAUAGGAAAACAGGGCACACUAUUAGAUGCAACUGUUCUGUUUAUAUUUUUUGUGCAGUAUUUCUAAUCAACCAGUGCUUUAAAAUAUGACCAUUUUAUUUUGCUGACCUUCACCAUCUAAUAAUAUACCCCAAUCACCUAGUGUAUUUCUACACAGUUUCAGCGUGUGGCAAGGGUCUAAAAUAAGAUGUACUUUUUCUUUGGAUUCAGGAUGAUCAAAACAAAAUUGAAAUUAUGUCUAAUAUAUAUUAGCACUCAAUACUUUUGUCAUAGUUAUGUUAAUGGAAGCUCCAUUAAAGACCAAUGACUUAAUUAAAAUCCUCAUUUAAUGCAAUUGUGAUAAACUUAUUUUUAUAAUGUUAGCUUUUUCUUCAGCACUUCAGCCAUUAAUAAGAUAAUAUACAACUGCUAUUUUUCAAUGUGCGUUAUAUGCUACAACCAUAAUAACUAAAGCAUCAUUGACAUUUGUCAAAUUAUCCAUUUCAUUGAUGCUUCCUGGACCAUAACCAAUAUAUCCCUAGUAAGGUGAUCCAGUCCAGUGGACAUAUUCUUUUACACACAUUUCAUCCAGCAUCAGACGUCCUAUUAAUUGUUUUCCGCUUUCUUUAAAUUCUUCAACUUUCGUUUGUAUAGCUCUUUAAUGACCUGUGUCAAUUCUAGACAUCCAUCUUCUGUUGCAUACCACUUUCUUAUUGUACUCGGAUGAGGUAAAGAUUUUUUGAAUAUAUUAAGAACUUAGUCACAAGCAUUUUGGGGAACGAAAAUGUAAUGUGAGAGCAAAUUUACAUAAUUCUGGACUGAUGGUCUUAGAUGACAAACCAAGUUGACCCAUCAGGAGAUGCUUUUCUUCUUCUCUUGUUGCACACUAGUAUGUCAAAACAUUGAUUUUAAUUCAUGGUUUCAAUAUAUAUUAUAAAGAGUAUCGUGAAGGUUAAAUAAAUAAAUAAACAAUAAUAAAUCUUUUACAUGUCUAUGAACAUUACCUUUGAAUAUGACCUAACCUAACAUUACCUACCUUCAAAUCAAUUAAUGUUUCGAACUCAGAGAAUUUAAAUAUUACUGAUUUGUUUUUGCUCGAGGUUGUUUUACAUACGGAGCUAGAACGUAAAUUGCCACACGUUUUAAGGGAGAAGAUAGACAAAUCCGAACAGAUCGAAUAUCCGAAUGAGAGAAAAACGAAAAUGGGUUUUUUGGAUUUUAUCUUACGCAAAUGGUUUUGUAACCCAUUCUCAGAUGACGGUAAGUCUUUUAACUAUUUAUCACAAUAAUUUCAGCUGCUCUGUUCAAGAUAGGUUAGGUUAGUCCAUCGAGAUAGAUAAGAAUACUUAAAGUAAUAGUAAGUAAAAUAUUAAAAGUAUUCUUAUCUAUCUCGAUGAAUUAGUCCUUAAAUCAUAUACUAUGAAUAGACCUACUACAUGAUAAAUGCGUAUUACAAGUUGAAGACAUCAUUAUUAACGAGUGCUAAGAUGAAUGAUGUCUAUUGCGAUUUCGUAUCAGUACUCGUCGCAUAUUUAUCGUAUAAUCAUUUAAAUACCAACAGGCAGUGAUGGUAGGUACAUCCCGGAAAGUUAAAAAAAACUGUAUGUAUCACUAAUAAAAUAAACGGUUCUUAUUAAUACCUGCUUACUAAAAAUAUUAGAUUGUAUGAAAUAAUUUAUAUAUUUAUGCUUGAAAAAACAAAACAAUUACCUUACCUUAUAGAUUGAUGAUUGAUUUUAAGCAGUUGUUACUGUUGACUGUAGCUACCAUUAAUUAGGCAUUUAGGCAUACUUAAUCAAUGCUGCAACUAACUGUUACUGGCAACUACUAUCAAUUUGAGAAAAUAUUGAAAUAUAAUAUAUUUUAAUAUUAUGUCCAAAUUAAAUCAUUAAAACGUCGGUAUAUAUUUUAAAAUAGCCAUCUCUAAUAAGGUAACUGUAUUGUUUAUUCUAGGUAGGCAGGUAUUGAUAAAAAUCGUGUAUCUUAUUAGUGAUAUAAACCGUUUUUUUUAACGUCUGGUACACCACACGUGAUUACACGAAUUCAACCUUUUGCGCGUGACAUAAAUUUUGCACAUGCGCAUUUGUCCCCAACUCCCCUUAGUUAUGUUUGUUUCAAAUAUUUAGUCAAUAGCUCUAUCCAUAGUAUAUGAUCUAAGGAUUAGUUAUUGCGUUCGUUAGGGUUGCCAACAUUGGAGAUGAUUAUCCUAUAUUGGUUUGAUUUGUCCUACAAUUAACAAUGCUUUAAAGCUUUAAACUUUACGUACAACAAAUCUAAAUUUCAAAAUAUAGAAUUUAAUAGGUUAUAAUUUAAUGUCAUUCAGAAAAUACCUUUUAAUAGUUCAUUAUUAUAUAUUUUAAUUGUAUUAAGUUAUCGUUUAUCACUUAUAUACCUAUCUACUACAGUAUAAUUUAAGACAAAUAAAUUAUUAUAUUAUAUUAAAGUAUCUAAACUUGUUACAGGUUUGUUAAAUUUUCUAAUUCUAUUAUUUAUAUUUAAGAUUUAAAUGUUCAUAAAAUAUAGGUAAUAUUUUAUCAUUUUUAUUACACAUAUUUUAAAUAAUAGGUACAUUAUUAUCAUUGAUUAUCAAUACUAUAUUUAUAAUUUUUAUAAUCAAUGAUAUUAUGUACUUACCUAUUUACUAACAAUUCGUUAGUUAGCUGAAUUCUCUAGGUCAAAAGAGUAAAAGACGAUCUAUAAAAAUAAAAAAAAAGUUAUAAAUAAAAUGUAAACGAUUAUUUUGUUAAAAGUCAUAAAUAGUAAUACAAUAAUAAUAAAUAACACAAUAAAUAAUACAAUAACAAUAAACAAAAUAGUAAUACACCUAUUCUAUACUGGCAUAGUGGCAUUACAUAUUUAAACUACCCAUGAUAUAAAAAACAGUGUAGUGUGUCAGCAUUGUACACGAGAUGACAUAGGCCCCAUGCCCCCGACUAUAUAGUGUACGAUCUAAGUAUCUAACCUCCAUGUGAUCGAUUUAAACUUGGUUUACCCACGACGGUGUUCAAUCGUUUUAACUACAAUCUGUUAUGUUAUAUUCAUAGGCCUAUAAACAUAUAUUAUCAGGUCUAUGGUUAUAUUGCAUUAUAAGAAAUAAAGUUGUUCCGCAUUGUCCCAAUUUAGCUUGGCGCUGAGACAUUACAAAUGGACAUGAGACAAAUUUGUCCUACAUCACACGAUAUGAAAGUUGGUAACCCUAGUGUCCGUAUAAUCGAUUUGUAUAUUGUUUUGUUGUUUAAUCUGGUAAAAAAAAACUUCGAAUUAGGGGCAUACAUUGUUUUUAAGUAUUAAUUCUUUUAAAAUGUUGUGUAGUGUUUAUGCCGCACUGUUUUGUUAUUGUUCAUAAUUAUAUUUUUCCUGUACUCAUUCGUUUUUUUUUCUAUGAUUUUCAACAGCAAUCGAAAUGGUAUUGGAGAACAACGAAAAUCAUUUAGCUGACGAGAUUUAUAAGGUUAAAGACAGACUAAAAACAAUUUCUAGUUCACUUGAAAGUCAACAAACCUUUCUCCGACUAAUUAUACAGGUAUAUAAUAUUAUAUUAGGUAUUUUUAUUAAUAUUCAAGUAUACUGUACAUUUAUGCAAUAAUAUUUAAAUUCUGAGUCAGUGACGUAGUUACAAUUUUUUAGGCGCCUAAAGUUAGUAGUUACUAGUUACCAAUUCAUUUUCGAAUAAAAUGAGGCGACAAACAGGGUAACCGCUAUACUUGUAAUAAACUAUCUCUCCACUAGAUAACGUUAUAUAUUCCGACGUAUAUUGUAUAUUAUUAUUGACCAUUUGGAAAUGCACAUUUAAAACUAUUUAAGUUCUAUGUACCGGAAUCAAAAAACUUCUUCUAAAUACUAUUAUUUAUAACAUAGUGUAUAGUAUUCGCCUAUUUCCCUAUUCUUUAUGAAAUAAAACGAGUUUUCAGUAGGUACCUAUCUACUACUUAAUACAAUUUUCCCGACGUGAUCCUGGGUAGUUGUAUUCCCGCACAGUGUCCAAAUAAUGUACUUUAGUCCUCGAACAAGGCUUCCAAAUAUCUAAAAUGUUUUGAAGAAAGGGAGGUACAAAUUUCUUAAAGAUAUGCACCCGCACAGCCACCUUUACUGGUAGUCUAAUUUUGAAAGAUUUUCCCGAUUAGGUGUCUUGAACUCUAGAAUGUACUCUAGUCCUUGAACAAGCCCUUUAAUUAUCUUAAACUCCUUGGAGAAGAUUACUAUACAUUUUUAAAUUUUUUCUUUCUGAUCAUAACUUUUCUACUUGAAAUCUUGUUCCAAUUAUCAAAUUCAGAGCAAAUUGUAUGUACCUACCUAGUUAAUAAUUAGUGAAUUGAGGCAUUUUGCUUGUAGUUUUCUUAAUAAUUAGGGAAAACAGGAAAAUUUACCCUAUAACAGAUAAUGGUUUCUAUUAUUUUUGAUUUUAUUUUGUUUGUCAUAAUUCAGUUAGAAAUAAUUGUAGAAACCAGAUAUUUUCAAUGACUAUCCACUUGUAUAAUAUUAUGUAAUUUCUAGAGGUGGUAAAAUGUUCUGGGUAAUGUCAUUUUUUUUAUAUAAAUGUUUAUAAUCAAAUUUUAACAAAAAUUGUAAAUAGCACGUAUCUAUUUUAAAAUAUAUUUAACUAAAUGUUCUUAAAAUAAUUUUUUUUUUCUGUUUAAUUUAUACUUCAUUCACAAUAUAGUAUUUGGUUUUCAGAAAAUGGAAAUCAAAACUGAAGAAGACGAAGUAGACGAAGGCGUGUCAUCAAAAGAAAUAGCAUUCUCUACUAAUUUAAAUGCAAAAUGGUCUUCACCGAGGGUCAGGACCAAACUCAAAUCAUCUUUUAGUUUUUCUAAAUGUUACACUAAAUAG